AGAGGGAUGGAACCGGGCGGCAGGGAAGCUCUCGCCAGCAGGCCGGACCGGUGAAGUUUGGCCGGGGCUGCCGAGCCGAGGGGCAGCGGCAGUUCCAAUGGGGGUGGGGGCAGCUCAGGAGCCUGGAUCCGAGCGGGGAAAGUUUUUAACUCUUCGCCUGCCCGAUUGACAUCCUUUGGCUCCGCACCUUUCCUAAAGGAGAGCAUUCCCGGGAAAGCAGCUUGGAAAAGAAAGGAAUCAAUCGAGGCGAGGGGUUUCUGGACACCUCAAGACGGGGAAAACUGGGGGGCAAAUCCGCCUCCCAGCACCAUGCUGCUGCUGCUGCCGGCCUGGGUCGCCUGGCUGGGCUUCCCGGCCCCCGAUUGCUGACCCUCCACUUUCGGGGAGCGCAAACGGGAGGCAGCAAGAGGAGCGGGGGAAAGUGGAGGGGGCAGCCGGCGGAUGUUCCAUCCCCGGGCCGGGGCGCCCCCAGGCAUGAGCGAUGGGGGGAGCGAGGCUGGCCGACGCGCCCUCCUCCUGGGGGACCCCGGCGGCGCCCCGGAGCGAGCCCGGGACAAGGAGGCGCGCGCAGCCGCGCUGGAGAGCGCAAAGUUGCGCGGAGGGGCCCCUGGAGGAGGAGGAGGAGGAAUCAAGGACCUGACGGCGGGGACCUCGGCUGCCAGCCCCGGCUCCUCCAAGGAGUGCGCCCCGGAGACGGAGAGCCAGCCCUCGGCGGGCGAGGCGGACUACUGCCGCCGGAUCCUGGUGCGAGGUAAGGGAAAGGCCCCCCGACUCGCGGAGGGGCGCGCGGCGGCUCUUGUACCCCGGCCUUCCCUCCGAUCCCAAAUCCAACUCCUUCGACCAAAACGCACACCUGCUGCAUGUAUCCCGACCCACCCACCGCGCGGUCAAGAUCUGCCUCCCCCUUAUCCACAUCUGUCGCCAAAGUCCGGCUCCAGAGACUUCUUCACCCAACCCCACGUUGGACCCUUUUUGCACGCUUCCUGCUCCACCUGUUCUUUUUUUGGGGGGGGGCAUUUUAAAAACCAGAACACCUCUGUCUUUCUGCAAAGAUGCGCGCCAAACCUACCAUCGCCCUCCAGCCACACUCUGCCCCCCAUUCCUUCUCCCUCUGCCCCUCUCUAAACGCUUCAUGCCCUUUCCCCCUAGCUCUCCAGACCCCAAACCCCGCUGUGCCUUCGCUUCUCCUUGCCCCAGCCUGCGCCGGGUCCCUCUCUGCUGCCAGUCUCCUUCGCCCUCUUGAGACCCGGCCGGGUCUCGGCUGCCCAGUUCACUGUCUCCAACCGUGGCUGGCCUGCAAUUGUGUCCUCCCACCGCCCAGCCAGCCAGCCAGCCAUCAUCUCCCUUCCCCCUCAGCAUCUCACCCUCCUUGAACGCUUUCCCUGCUCCAAAAAAGCGGCCCUCCUCUCCCCCCAUGUAUCCCUACUUCCCAUCACAUCCCUCCCGCCUCCCCAAAUCUGGCCCCAUAUGCUCCUUUCCAGGACCCUCCCGAUGGAGCAAGGAAGGGGCACAGCUAGCGACAGGAGCCCGAUCGCAUGGUUACUGCUAAGGGCGCGAGUGGGGGGCUGAUUUGGGCUCUGGCGCGGGUGGGGGGAGGUUGGGACAUUGCAAGCAGGCAAUGGCACGGGGGUGGCAUUUGCAACAGAAGCAGCAGAUGGAGGCGAUUUUUUUUAAGGGAAUCGGUCUUGCCCUCGUCUCUCUCUCUCUCCCCGGAGCUGCCCGUCUUUGGGGGGGAGGGGGGGCAACGCGUGUGCGCGCGUGAUAAUAAUUCCAGGUGGCUGCCUUGGCUGGCAAGCUGUUGUCGCAGGAAAACAGCGUCACUGCAGCACCAGCAAGUCAAAAGCUAUUUUCUCCCCGCUUCUCUCUCUCUCGAGCACACACAUCCUGCACUGAGCUCUUGGAAGGAAGGCAGAGGCUGAAAACGUUCCCCUGGGUUCCCUCUGCUCGUGACCCUCCCCGGCUCUGCCCGCUCAAAAAGGGGCUCAACCCUUUGCCCGAGUCUUUCGAGGAUGGGGACGGGACCCCACAGAAAGUGGGCUGCGCAAGGGGGGGACGACCCUUUCACUGGAAUCCAAGGCUGAGAUUCCAAGCUGUAAAUGCUUCCCCUGUUACGAAGGCCGAAUUAUUACCCUGUAGACGCACAAUAGACUGAAUCCAAAGGCAGCACAAAGAAUAUUCUCUCAGUUCAGCGCUGGUUUUGCUGAAGAUGGCAGUAGCAAUUAUGCAGGACUAGAAGAUUCACACAGCCAGCAAUUUCUCUCUCCCGAUUAUCUUUCGAUCUAUUGGUCUUGGGUGUGUGUGUGUGGGUGUGUGUAAAUCCUAAAAACCACGGCAAUCUUCAUUAGAUGCACGCCAUAAAUCAUAAAUCUCUGUCUUGGUUUGGCUUGUUUUCCCCCAUUCUUUCUCUCGUUUUUCCCCGAUGCUUAUCAGGUAUCCUUGUUAUGAGAUUUAGUCUGGAGGCGCGUGAAUCUUUUUCUCACAAACACAACAUUUCAGCUACAUGUGCUAUAUAUUUUUACUCGAUUGACCCGUCCUCUUUUCCCGCCCGCCCGAAUCUAAUUAUUUUCGUUUCGUGACGUUUCGUUGUUUUUCUCCUUCGUUGCGUUUCGUGAUGAUAGAUAGAUGAGUUGUUGUUGCUUGUCGAGGAUCCACGGACUCCUCUCGCCCACAGUUGCGCUCAAAGCAGUUGGGCAAAAUUAAAUAAAAGGAAUCGCGUAUGAUAACUGAGAAAUGCAUCCAUGCAACUUCUUGGUUUUCUUCCGAGGCCUUUGGAGACUCUCGGAAAGAAAUCUCGGGCGGGCUGCAGGCCUGGAGCCUGGCGAGGGCCGGCUGGUGACUUCUACAGCAGGGUCCGGAUCCUCUCUGGAGCUGGCCGGUUCCUCUUUGCAAAAAAAAACACACCCCAAAGGGCUGCGGUGGCGGAGGAGCAAUAGCCAAGAUGCAUCCCCAAGAGAGCAGGGAGGGAGGGAAGGAAGGAAGGAAGGAAGGAAAGUCAAGGGCCGAGAAAGCCCUCCUUGUCUGCUGGGCCUGGCCUGAAAAACCACGGCCCUUCAUUGUUUGAGUCACUGCCGGGUUUUGCGCCCUAGAGACAUCAGUCCUUCCACGUACAUGCACACGCCACACACAACUGCUUAUCUCCUUUUGCAACGAGACCUUCCCAACGAAACCUCAAAAUAUUUGAAGCGAAUAGGCGCAUUCUCCUUGCAAAGAUUUUAAAUAUAUUUUUGCAACGGCGGGAGCGAAAAGAUCGGAGACCUGUCUAAAGUGGCGACCGGCCCUGUGUCCCUCUCAAGCUCGCCCGCAACCCCUAUGUCUUUCUGGCACCCACCCAAAUUGAAGGAGGAAAAAGGCGGGAGAGGCUUGAAUUCUGCAGAUUUGAAUUGUGUGUAUGUGUCUGUGUUGAAAGAUAAUUUGCCCCUGAGAGAUUGGCACGAAGCCUGGGCCUAAACGGCGAAUAUUUGCAGAAAAUCCCACAGAAGGAGAAAAAGAAAUCUAGGCAUUUCUGCUUCCUGGGUCCUGCCUAUCCCUUGUUCUCCCGUCGCCCUCUGGCCCACCCAGUGAAGCCUCCAGCCAUCUUUUUUCCAUGGCGCCCUCGCUCUCAUCCGUUUCUCUUUCCGUUUUCCCAGCUUAGCCUCGAAGCCUGCGGGAAUUCAAGGUGGUUUUUUAGAAAGAUUUCCGCGUCACCGUCUCUUUCUCCGUCCUCCUCGCCUGCUUGCUGGGAAUAUAUGGCUGAUGCGUGUUUGAAUUGGCGGAUGGAUGGAAGGAUGGCUAGAUAACCGUAGAGCCAUAGGUCUGAAGGCAAGUACUGUGCGUUUGUACACACCGCCGAGUCACUCUCGAUGGUCAAACAGGACGGAUCCACGCGGCCGUGCAGACUCCCUGACAUUUGCACGGAGAAAAUUGCAAAAAACAAAACAAAAACCGUGGCGCGUUCCAGAGCCACUGCGACAGGAAUGUGCAUUAUUUGUUUAAAAUAAGUGAUUGAUUUAAAUUCACAUGCACACACAUAUGGAAAUAAAUUUAAUAGGCAAUAGAGAGAGAGAGAGGCUCGCUUGUACCCCGAGGCCUGGCCGUUUGGCACGCUUUGUUUGCAGUUAUUUUCAACGGGAGUUGAAAUCAACUUAGAUCCAGAUAACCUCAAAUGGGUGAUGGGAUCUGGUCAGAAGGGGCAAGAUUCAGUCGGAUCGCCCAGGCACUUGGGAUAGUUUCGUUGGUUUCGGUGGGAGAGUCGAGGGUCUCCUAUCGAAAUCUACGCGAAGGCGCUUACUUUGGGGCUGGAUCGUGCCCUGCUUUGGUUAGGCAGCUUACAGUGCAAUUCUGCACCUGUCUACUCAGAAGUAAGUCCCAUCGUUUCCCGUUAGGCUCUUUACCCUCAGGAAAGCGUGUGCGGAACUGCAGCCUUCGCAUUAUCUAACCCUGCAGGGUGCGGUGGCUUUUGCCAAAGAUAGUAUUUGUUCCACUGACGAUUUUAUUGUUGUUGUUUUUUUAAAAAAGUAGGAUUUGUAUAUUUGUAUGCGUUGCUCACGUAAGAAAGCAGAAGGGAAGGUGAGGGAAAUGGCAGGGGUUUGAGUUGACCUUCGCUGUCAUUUGAGGACGCAGUCGAGGCUAAGAGAAAACAGCUUUGAAAGUCAUAUUGAUUCUAGGGCACCAAUCCACCGGGAAGGUCUCCUGCGCCAGAACCGGUGGAAGUAACUGCGCUUGUCUGCGCAGGAGAUCUUCCGCGCUGACCUGCCCAGAAUUAACGCUCGGAUCCCUUACACUGGAGAAACAGAGAGGAAAUCUGGUCAGUAGAGCAGGCCUUGCUCAGUUAUAAAAUAUAGCUGGUUGCGCAAGGGGUGUGUGUGUGUGUGUGUGUGUGUGUGUGUGUAAGCCUCCCUUGCACCUUCCCCUUCCCUCAAUUUCGCUCUCCACCUACAUGUACGACCAUUUGCGAGAGACAGUUGUGUAACCUAACCUCUUAGGCCCAUGAUCUUUUUAUGUAAGUUGCAUUAAAACGCGCGCGCACAUCCUCCUCCCGGAGGUCCCUGAGUCUCGCUCACCUCUGUUUUCCCCUAACGCGGAGGCACCCCUUAAUUUUCUUCGCUAGAAAAAUGCCCCUAACUACGAACCAACCUUCCUUCUAUCUCUAAGGCUUCCUCUUUUAGUUCCUCCCUUCCCUCUCUGAAAGACCCUUGUUUAAAAGCCACCACACGUCUCCUGUUUCUUUUCCUACUGACAGAGAACAGUAUUGAUGAUGAUGAUGAUGAUGAUAACAACAACAACAACAACAACAACACAGUAAUAAUAAUACAGUAAUAAUAUUGUCAUGUAUACGCCGCCCAUCUGACUGGGUUGCCCUAGCCACACCUGGAAGCUUGCAACAAAACAUUAACACACAUAUAUUCUUAGGAGGACCCGCACUCUCCCUCCCCUGACGUGGUCAACAGAUGACCCGCUUCUGAGGGCGUCUGGCCUGGCUCUGGCAUCACACACAAGGCGGGGGGGGGGGGAGCGGCGGAACAAGCCAAGGAGGCCUCUUGUAUGUUUCAGUUUCAUCAUGUCAAUUUUGCCCUAGGACCCUAUGGGGUGGUGGGGUUUGUUUAGUUUCCGCGAGGCACAUGGCUUUGUGUAAGCGCAGAUCUCAAAUUUUGCAUCUUGCGGGGGCGGGCUGCUGCUGCUGCUGCAGGGAAUUUAGGGCGGGGAGGAAAGGGGACCCGAGUUUGUGUGUGCGCGCGCGUGCGCGUGCGUGUGUGUUUGUGUGUGUUUGCGUGCCUACGUGUGUGGAACUGGAGUGUGUUCCAGGGUUUGGCCUUAUUUUAAAGCUGACGUUUGGAAGAUGCACCGGAUACCUUGAGAGAAGCCGGGGUCAUCCAGAGGGCACCGGGACGCUUAUACUUACAAGCUCCUGCGCUCCCUUGCCAAACACUUUAGCAAGCAAAAGCCUGGACGCUCGUUGGGCUGAGACGUGCUUCAUCAGAUCCUAAUCAGCCUGGCUUGAAACUAAGUUAUCGAGACAGAUUAGGCCGGUAGGUGGGUCGGUAGGUAGGCAGGCUGAUUACUGCACAGUGGAAUUAGAGGGGGAAACGAGGGUCUCAUUGGUAGCUAGAAUCCGCACCGGGCAAGCGGUACAGGCCGCAAAAGAGCCGGGCGGUGCUAAGUACUUCCAAGUCACAUUGAUUUAAAUGAGAGGGUUAAGCGCGCGUUGAAAUCCCAGCCGUGGAAAGCGCUGAGCUCUGGAUGGAUCGGGCCCAGUGCUCGCUUACCAACAAAGCCAAGUGCAUUCGCCUACUUUCCUUGUCUACAACCGCCCAGGACACGAGAUGCGGUUUUAUUUCUGCUCAAAUUGUGUGCUAUCUGCCGUGUGUAAACAGAUCGGUGAUUUAUUUGCAAAUAUCUAACACUGCCUUGGCGAGGUUUGGGUGGGGGACACACGACUUCUUUAAUUUAUAUAUAAUUUAUAGAGGACCCGUCCUAUAUCCACUGGCGUAAAUCGCUUACAGUUCAUAACUUUAAUAUGUGAUUUUUUAAAAAAAUGAUAAAAUGGAAAUAUUUAGGCCUUUUAAAAUCACACACCAUUUCCUUCCCGUGGAUUGUGGCUGGACUGGACUUUACAUCCGAGGAACCCAGCAGCGGUAGGCCCCUGGCGUCCGAGGAGAUCCUGCUCAGGAGCCCGACCAGCUGGAUCGAGCCCCAUCUUGGUGUCGGCUGAAGAGGAAUAAAGGAACAAACCCUAAUUCUGACCAUAUAACGAUUUCUAGGGCGCUUUUCUCUGUUGCGCCAACGCCUGACCCUUUUCGGAACCUGCUUCCAGGCGCCCGCGGUGCCAUUUUGAGGACGUGGAGCCGCGUUUGCUCUUCCAAACAAGCAGCCAGAGGCCUUCGUGGACCAUGUCUCCCACGCCACUUGCCUUCCCAACUCCUCCUCUCCUCCCCUUCUUCGAAACCGGAACGCGCUUCCCUUUUCCUGCAGCAUCUGAUUUUGAUCCGGAUUGCAAAAGUUAAACGAGAAAUGAAGAACCGGAGGAGAUUCCGCUUCGCGCUGUCAGAUUUCCUCCAUUUUGCCGCAAAGGCAUCCCCCCCCCCCCAGCUCUGACAAAAUGGAGGCAAAAAGGGUGGUAAUUCCAUAAAAAGGACCAAGAGAGACAGUCCUAAGAUCCCUUGGGAUCAAUGCCCAGAACUCUGCCGGAUUGUGAUCAAGGCCCGAGCGCGCAAACGCAGCUCACAACGCUUUUACGCAGAGACGAAGACCCACUGAUUUCGGUCUUAGAUUCACUUUCAAAACCACCGCAGGUUUAUAUGUGUGUAUCUGAGUGUGAUUUAUAUUUAUAGCCUUUUUUGGCCUAGCGACUCCAAUACAUGAUCACUAUGUGUCUAACUGCUUCGGUCUCAAAAAUCGAGAUUUGAGGAUGUUUUCCUUUCCGAAAUCCGGCCUGGGAUUUUCUUCGGGAAGCAAAUCCUCUCACUCUCUCGCAAUUUCCGCCCCUACUUUCUCUCUUUUAAUUCCGAUAUAGAUUUCUUUGUUGCUGCUUUUGUGAGAAAAAUGGAAAAUUGUUGCGGAUUCGGGGGCUAGAUGAACAAAUUUCAUAUUAGCAAAUAUACACCGGUGUCCCGUCCCCCCCCCAAAAAAAAACACCCCCCAAAACACUCGGAGCGGAUCUGUCCUCGCGGCCUGCUGCUCAACCCCACCCAGGGAACGCCGUAGCGCUUUUGCGCAGUAAUUUCCGCCGGGCUUGCGGAGACCUUCCCGCUCGGUCGCUUGAGAGCGCCGCUUCCUUAUUUAUCUCAGAUAAUAUCAUGAAUUUCGUAUUUUUAUUAUUGCCUCAACUUCGAAAACUGUGUAACAAUAGUCACUAUUAAAUGAUAGUGUAUUUCUUUGUUUUUGAAAUGAUAUGAAGUGUGCAUGUGUUUGUGUGUGUGUGUGUGUGUGUGUGUGUGUGUGUGUGUGUGUGCGCUCCUACUCCUUCCUGUGGAUUCUCCCCUCUAACAUGCUUUGCGGGGGGGCGGGCGAAUUGAACACAGUCCAGGGAUGCAAUUUAUCCAGAGAUAAAUUAUUGGGCGUCACCGAAAUAAACAGGAAUUCACUGAGACUCGCUUCAUGCCUGCCUUUGUGGCAUGAAAACAGAGCUUUAAUUACUAUCAUUUAUUUCGAAAUUAUUAUUUUUUUCUAUCUUCAAAAACUGCGGGUAACUGCUAAGAGAAAGUCGACUCCGCCUCUUCCCUCCCCCGUCAUGUUAUAACUGUUUUUAUUUCACAUUUACAAGGGCACUAUGAAUAUUUCUGGAUAAUUAAUACACCCCAGUUUUGAAGACUUUUAUUGAGUGAUCCAAACGCAGCAAAGCAAAGAACCAAGCGGUUAGAUAUUCCUUCGGAACAUAAAGAAGUCCAGUCCAAGAUCAGUCAAAAGGAUGGGGAUAUUUUCGUGGAAGCGAAGAGGGCUGAUAGCCAUGGGUAUUCACAUGUAAUCAGAACCGAAUAAAAUAAAAUUUGGUAGGAACCUGCCAGUUACGACUUUGCUUUUUAAUAUACACCAGCAACACCCGUAGCGGGGCAGUCCAUUGCCUUAUCUUAUACUGUAUUCCCAUGUGCCCGUGUAUGUAAUCAUUAUAUGGAUAAAUUGUGUGUGUUGAGAGAGAGACGUUAUCUAUCUACCUGGUGCUGGAGCAACAUGAAAAGUGCUAUACAUAUGAUAAUGCAGGAAAUUCUGUAACACCGCGCUGGUAGAUAAUAUAGACGUAGCGCACACACCACCUACAGGGUUCGCGCACACGUAUAAUUUGCGAGCGCAAUUCUUCAGACGAGGCAUCCACGCAGAACCGAAAGGACCCGAGGCGCAAAAAUAAGCGCCAAGGGAUCCAGUCGACCCAAGGCCUCGGGGCCACUUCUGCACGAGCCGGAGGAGCGUUUUGCUCCGCGAGGGGGUCUCUGGGCCUCUGCCCGGUCCACGGACUCGUCGGGAUCUCCCGCCCUAUGGCCUAGCCCAUCUCCCACAGAGGAACACGUAUCCUGCAAAUCAGCUCUCCAAACUCCAGGGCUUCGGCUGGACUGAUGAAAAACAGAAACCCCCAAGAGUUUGGCGGUACCUAGAAAAUGACAUAUAUUUAUUAGGGCAGAAGUUUUCGGGGAUCUCGUUCCCCUUCGGUCAGAUACAAGAGCCGAGCGGUGCUGGGAAUCUACAGGCUCCUCGCGGGAGAGAGAUCUUUUCAGAGCCCACGCUAAUCUCCAGACUGUAAACUUGUUUUAACAGGCUUGAAUCUUUAAUUUUGAUAUUGUUGUCGCCCACCCUGGGGCUUGAUGGUGAAAGACGGGGAAGAAAUCCAUCAAAUGGCGUUACUACAUGUAUUUAUUUAUUCAUAUUAGGAUUAGGAUUAUUCACAGGUGCCACGUACCACGUUCUGCAUUUGUAAGAACUCCGUAUUUUAGUGUGGCAGCACCUGCACUUUGGAACUCCCUGCUUAUUGAUAAUCAGGCAGGCGCUUUCUUUGCGUUUUCGGCGGCUGCUAAAAACAUUCCUGUUGAGACAAACCCACCCGGAUCCUUAGAAAGCUGAGCGGAGUUUUAAAGCGGCUUUUAGUCUAGUGUUAUUUUAACUUUUUGAAAGUUUCAUGGUUAUUUUAAAUAACAAAACUGCGGUUUGUUUUUAACAAUCAAACGAUGUGUAAAGCUUAUGAAAUUUAUAUUAAUAAUUAUAGAGAUAAUAUUUGUAAUGAUAGAUAGAUAGACCGAUAGAUAGAUAGAUGAGAGUGGUUCAACCCUUUCCCUUUCAUCUGGAAAUAUUACUAGAGUUUCCUUCCUUCCCAGAGAGGUGAUUUCGAUCACAGGUGGGAAGGAAUAGAGAUAUAAUAGACGACAGAAGAAUAAAACAGAACCCACAGGCGAGGCGCCCUUUUCGAUGCGCGAAUAUGUCAAGAUACGGUCCGCUGUCCCGCCACGUCCCUUGCUUUUUCUCGAAAGCGGAUACACUUGAUGUCUCUGGACUUUCUCCUGAAAAGUCAGAUGAGAUCUGGCUGGCGUUGAAAGGGCCUGUGGAUCGAGGCCUUUGCAUUCUCCUCCCCCUCCGGCUUUAAGAAAUCUAACUAGAUAGCUGCCUGGGUUUUUGCGCAGCGAGCGACCGCGUCAUCUCCUCGUCACGGCCCCGAUCCCCUGGAAUGGCAAGAUCUGCUUGCUAGGGGAGUUUUCCCAUCACCUCCCUCGAUCCUCGGCUUCAGCCGCCUCCAGAAAGCGGCCCCAUAUUUCUCGUUUGAUGGGAAACUGAUACCGGGAGAGAAGAACGAGGGGCAAAUCCAGACAGGCGGAUCACUAGCUUCCAGCGAACGGUGUGGAUGUGGACAGGUACCUGCGAAGGUACCAAGGUCGCCGUCAGGGCUGUUUUACUCCACGGACCUCCAUUCCAGGAAUUUUGCAUUUUUAUUUUUAUUUUACACAAAGUCUGCCCAGCGCCUGCUGCGCUAAGCGGCCCCUUUGCCCAUAAAAUACUCGUGUGUGUGUCUAAAUAACACACCAUCUGUAAUUUAUCAAUCGAUCGAUCGAUGUUUCCCUCCUCAAAAAUCAAAGUUUUCACUGAUCCUUCGGCCAUAACUCCGAAAUGCAAAUUCCUUAUUGCAAUGGUUGUGUUUCCCACCACCGAGAAAAAACACCUCGUUUCUAGCGCAGAAACCAUUAUUUAGUUAUUAAAAUAUUUGUAUACCGCUGGGUCAUCACACACACACACACACACACACACAGGCGAUUAACAGCAAAUAAAACAUCAAACCAUGCAAGAAGACCAGAAAAAAAUUUAAAACAUCAAUUAAACAUUGUGGAGAGAUGUAUUUUGAAUUGCCUGCCCAAGCCUGGUGGAAAAGAAAAGUUUACAGCAGUCUUUAAUAAUAAUAAGUUGGCACGAUAAAGUGGGAUAAAUCAGUUUCCUUCUCCUCUGUUGUUACCAACCGAUAGAUCUCCCUAGACAAGUUGAAUUCUAGAAUUCGCUGGGAAAUAUCAGACAAGCUCUGCCGCCUUCGCGGUCCUGCGAGGGGGAAAUUCUGCGCGGCCAUAAUUCUGGUUGGACAGCCGAAUCCAACCCGUUCCUGCGCCCCUUCCAUUGCCUCCAUUCCCAGCGCGGAGGAAGAAUCCGCCUCCUUUGAAAAUUGGCAACAAUCACAAGGUUUACUCGAAAGAGAAGAGAGGGAGGGAAAAGGAGGAGAGAAAGAGAAGCCAAACUGAAAAUACUAUUGCGCCAUCACCACGCCCGAACACUCUUGGCGCCCCGACUUUUGAAAGAUCUCUGACUGGUUCUUGGCCCGGGGUGGGAGUAGCGGAUUCACACGUGCGCCCGUGACCGCUGAACCUGGCGCAUUCCCCCAGCUGGGAGACGAUGGCUGCCGCUGGGUCGUUUCUAGUCCACCCCUCAAAAAAGUGCAUUUAUGGUGAAACGGCUUCCUGAAAUUUUAUUUCAUUUUAUGGGAAGCGUUUGAUAAACGACCCUUGGGGACGCUGGACUUCUCUGGGGUAUUCCAUCACGUGUGAACGCACCAUUCCAAUUUCAUUCCCAGCUUUACAACUUCCUGAUAUAUUUGGGGCGGGGGGAGGGAGUGUCACCGAGAAGGGAGGUGCGGGUCAGCUCGCCAUGCGUGGGGAAUCCUCUGAGCAUGUGCAGCUUGGCCUUUUAAACUCGCUUAAAUUAUAGCUCCAUCAUGACUGUGGGAAUAAAAAAAGGGGUCGGUUUCUGCAGCCCCGAGGUCGAAUACAUUUCCUUUGGAAUUAAGAGCCGUUGUGUCCCUCUGCAACAGUUGCAGGACAGGAAAAUAUGUUUUAAAAGGAAAGAUACUAAAAGGAGCAUCUGUAGCUAUAUGUGCAUUCCUGGCUGCAAACCGAGAAGGCAAAAAGGCAGAAUUCAGACCGCAGCUGCACCGGUAGGCCUGGCCUGGAGUGUCCGUCCGGAGCUGCUGGCCGCUGCAAAUUUUGGAAACGGCUGGGCUGCGAGGUCCUGAGUCCAGUCCUGUGGUUGUUUAGUCGUUCAGUGUGUCCGACUCUUCGUGACCCCAUGGACCAGAGCACGCCAGACACUCCUGUCUUCCACUGCCUCCCGCAGUUUGGUCAAACUCAUGCUGGUACCUUCGAGAACAUUGUCCCACCAUCUCCUCCUCUGUCGUCCGCUUCUCCUUGUUCCCUCCAUCCUUCCCAACAUCGGGGUCUUUUCCAGGGAGUCUUCUCUCCUCAUGAGGUGGCCAAAGUAUUGGAGCUUCAGCUUCCGGAUCUGUCCUUCCAGUGAGCACUCAGGGCUGAUUUCCUUCAGAAUGGAGAGGUUGGAUCUUCUUGCAGUCCAUGGGACUCUCAAGAGUCUCCUCCAGCUCCAGAAUUCAAAAGCAUCCAUUCUUCGGCGAUCAGCCUUCUUGAUGGUCCAGCUCUCAUUUCCAUACAUCACUACUGGGAAAACCAUAGCUUUAACUAUACGAGUUCAGUCCUAGGGAAGAGUAUACGGUAUAGGCCCGGACUUUACUCGAAAGUAAGUGCAAGGUGGGGUGCUUCUUGUGUUUUCUUUUGACCGUCUUUCUCAUGAGCAAGCCCCCUUGAAACGAAUGAGAGAUGCAGAAGAUGCAUUUUUCUAAUGCUUACAUUGAUAUAGCCCGCCUUUCCUCCCAAAGGAGCCCAAGGCUGCGAACAACCCAAACCUCUAAAAACAGUGCCAGCCCAGAAAGGCAGACAUGGAGGGACCUCUCCUUUUAAAAAAAUUCAUUGUGCAAGAGACAGAUCUUCUUUAGCAGACUGGAGAAUUGAGCAGUUGGUUUGCCUCUUGCGAGGAGAGAGGUGCACACUUGACCUGGCGUCCUUCCUUCACAGGAUCAGUCCUCUCCAAGGCGGGGCCGUUUCUGGAUAACACCCAGCGCUGUGAUCUGCGCCCUCGGCUCCGCGGCCUGGUCCAGAUCAUCUGCCCAAUACAUUUAAUAGCAAAAGAGGAUGCAAAAGUUGGGUCCGUUCCCAUCACCAACUUCUCUGCUAUAUGCUUGCUGGUAGUAAUGCUAGCCUACCAGACAGGGUUGGUGUGAAGAUCGCUCAGAUGAAAUACGUUAAAGCUUGAGAUGCGCACGUUACAAUUGCUACAGCCGCAGCCCUGACCCCCCUGCUAAAUAAAUCGUAUUUAGCGCUUGUACUGCGCGCCGCCGCCCCUCUGUUUUUCAGAGAGAGACUUGGCUCUUUCAACUGCUCUUACCAGCAAGCAUACAAUGACCGUUGCUUCCUGCUAGUCGCCUCGGAGUAUGCAAAAAGAGGCCAUGCUUUUCCAGGAGGGUGUGUGCGAUUUAUCUUCUUUAUCUUCUCCAUAUCUCUCUAUAUAUUAGCAUUCUAUUUAUCAAUAUAUUUGAGCUUUGAUUCCUACGCUGCUUCAGGGGUUUCGACCAAGCGAUCCUUGAUGGGGAUCCCUUCCAAUUCUACAGUUCGAUGAUUCUAUAUCCCACCACAAUGCAUCCCAACAGGAAAAACAACAACAAUUGCACCAUAAUAAUAUCAGCCACUUACGACACAGAAUGUCUCAAUGUGACUUAUAAAAAUGUCACACCUGCAAUUGCCACAGGGAACUAACCAACUUCAUUUACCAAGAGUGGCCAUCUUGCAGUAUUAUAUAAAGGAAAAAGCCAGCCACACCCUGAUGAACCCCCAAACAGGCAAGGGGUAUGGUCCCAAUUAAAAUUCUAGCGUUUUUAAUCUUGUAUUUUUAUGUUGUGAACUGCACUUAGGGCAGUAUAUAAAUUUGAUGAUGAUGAUGAUGAUGAUGAUGAAUAAAGAGGAAGAAAGUCCUUGCCUGGCAGCUAGAAGUGGAGAAGGAUGGCUGGGAAGAGCAUUCCAAAUAUAAUAAUAAUAAUAAUAAUAAUAAUAAUAAUAAUAAUUUAUUAUUUAUACCUUGCCCAUCUGGCUGGGUUUCCCCAGCCACUCUGGGCGGCUUCCAACAAAACACUAAAAUACAAUAACCUAUUAAACAUUAAAAGCUUCUCUAAACAGGGCUGCCUUCAGAUGUCUUCUAAAAGUUUGGUGGUUAUUUUUCUCUUUGACAUCUGGUGGGAGGGCGUUCCACAGGGCGUGUGCCACUACCGAGAAGACCCUCUGCCUGGUUCCCUGUAACUUGGCUUCUCACAGGGAGGGAACUGCCAGAAGGCCCUCAGCGCUGGACCUCAGUGUCCGGGCAGAACGAUGGAGGUGGAGGUAUACUGGACCGAGGCAGAUAUAGGGUAGAAUGAUCAGGUUUUAUAUCACAUCCGAUACAUAUGUGGGGUGGAAGGGGCUUCACUAAUCAUUCACCUUCCGCAUCUCUAGUUUGGUAUAUCUGGGUUGUUGGUUUUUUGACAAGUACUGCUGGAACUGUGUAGAUGAAGAGGUUAAUAACGUAUUUUGCAAAUCUGCCUCUUCAUGCAUCUUUCUGUUCUUUACAGAUGGCAAAAGCCCCACAGUAAUUUUCAGUACAUAAAAUGCCAGUGGACAGCGUCUAUUGGGAAGGUCUCCUGCACAAGACCCAUUGCUAUGAAUGGGAGAUGUCUAGUAGUAGGACCUUCCACAUGCAUAGCACCCAGUGACUUCAAAGGGACUUGUGCAGGAGAUGUUCCCAAUCGACCAUAACCAAUGAUUCCUCCUUAGAUACCACAUGGAACACUUCAAGAUGAUUUGUUUAUUGAGCAUUCCUUAUGAUCUGUUUGCAGGGAAUUUGGAUAUUUGCUCCUCGAUGGGCAUUUGUUCUGAUAAGUUUGCAGGGAGGUUAGACAACAAAGAGUGUUAACUUCACACUUUCCAGUGUGGUUCUCCAUCACAUCCCUUAUCACAAAACUCUGAUCUUCUGAGAUAGCAGGUUGGUUGUGCAAGACCUCCUAAUCAAUGGCUGGUAUUCUGAGAAAAUAGUGACAGUCUGGAAGCCUACAAAAUUUUCUAGUUUGUAGCCAGUCUUUGUUGCGCUGCGGAGUGAGCAACAAAAUGUCCUGUUGUCUAGGCCAGACAAAUAGCUGCAGAGGAUUGUCGUGCUUCUGGAAACAACAUUUGGAAUCAAUGGCAUUUUUUUCUGGGUCGUGUCUUUAGGAUUGGAAGAAGUGGAACUCUAGUUCCACUAAAAUGAUCUGGGCUGCUCUUGAUAGAGGUGGCAUUCUUUGGCUUCCUCCAAAAAUAUUCUCUCUCUCUCUCUCUCUCUCUCUCUCUCUCUCUCUCUCCUGCCCAUCCAAACAAAUUAGGUUAGGGGUUAGAGACAUUCUUCUCCUCCACAAGUUCAUCCUUUGCACCCACAUCCUUCUUAUGGGGACUUGUGGGUGCUGCCAAGUCACCCGCUGUCCUCUCACUCUUGCGUUUUAAAAUAUUUGGUGUUUUUAUAUUGUAUUUUCAUGUUGUGAACCUCCCAGAGAUCUAGGGAUGAAGGGCAGUAUACAAACUUAAUAAACAAACAAACAAACAAACAUGCAUUUUAUGGACUUCCACAAUGUGAAGAAAACCAGCAAUUUAUUAAACAUUUUCAUUGUCACAAUGACAAUAUAAACAAGAGCAGGCAGGCAAGAGAAGGGUAGGAUGAACAGUCCAACCCAGAUGCAGAGUUUUGAAAAGCAGGUGCAAAACUAUCCAGCAGAAAAGAGGACGCUCUGAUAAGUCAUAGAAUCAUAGAUUUGCAGAGUUGGAAGGGGCCCCCCAAAGGUCAUCCAGCCCCACCCUGCGCAAUGAAGGAAUUUCAACUAAAGCAUCCAUGGCAGGUGGCCACCCAACCUCUGCUUCAAAAUCUCUAAGGAAGGGGAGUCCACCACCUUAAACAAUGCCUCUGUUGUUACUAGGCUGUGGCCACUGCGGAAGGAUAGAAAAUCCAGUAUUUGUUUUCAGGUAGACGGAGGCAGAAAAUAACAAGCUAGAUAAGGAGGAUAAAGCAGGGGGUGGGAAUAGAUGGGGAGGCUCAGAUGGGAAGGGAUGUUUUGGGGCGUCAGCUGAGCAAGGAGUCUGAUUAACAGGUAGCAAGUUGUUGGACUGGGCUACAUUCUUCUUUAUUUGAAUUUGUUAGUAACUUUAUACAGAAGAAUCUGGAGGCAACUGAGUAACAAGAUAAAAUACAAACAGGCGAAAUCAAUGCUGCGAAGCCGCGCCAAAGCAACAGUAUGCAAUGAUAAAUUCCUUUUUCCCCAAAAAAAUUUUUGUUAGUUUUUCAACAAAGUUUCAAAACAAACAAAUAGUCAAACAAUACAAACAAACACAAAUCUUCACUCUAUUCAAACCAAACUUCAGUAACUUUGUUAAGUGACUUCCUCGUAUCUCCCUGGUUGAAUUUCAGUGUAAAUUAUUUUAACGGUUUUCCAACACCAAUAUUCUUAAAAAAUUAACUUAUUCAUUAACAUCUUUCUUUCUUUUCAAUUCAGCAUUACAUCAUCUUAAUUCAUCACUUAACGUAUUAAAAUCCUAGGCCUAUCUGGUAUUUACAAGCUUUUUCAAUUAAAUUAACAUGUUUAGCUAAAUAAUCUUUAAAUUUCGUCCAUUCUUCCCGGUAGUCCUCCUCCUUCUGGUUGCGGAUUCUCCCAGUCAGGUUGGUUAGCUCUAAGAAGUCCAUCAUCUUCAUCUGCCAAUCUUCCACUGUUGGUAUUUCUUGUGUUUUCCAAUUCUUAGCUAGUAAAAUUCGAGCACCAGUUGUGGCAUACAAAAAUAAUUUAACAUCUUAAUGCUUAAUGCUUCCUAUGAUGCUCAGCCAACAAUACAAGUCCUGUCCCCAUCCUAUUAAAAGAUGUGGAGAAGCUAACUUAACCCACACACGGGAUUCUUCAGCUAUGAUUCCUGCAUUGCAGGGGGUUAGUCUAGAUGACCACUGGGAUCCCCUUCCACCUCUACGAUUCUAUGAUUUUAUGAAAAGCCUGAGAAGAUGAACAUAUCUUAGCCUGUUGGGAGAUCCUUGGGAGGGCAGGAAUGAGAAAUGGGAGGAGGGAAGUCAAGGUGGUGGAAGGGAAAGGAAAUAGAAAACUCUCUAAAUUUGUUUUGAGGAGAUGAAUUGAAAGCCCUUGAAGGUGAAAGGAAGCUAAUAUUUCCCUUGAAAGAAGAAGGAAAGAAUCUGGGAAUAGUUUGGGGAGGAAUAUUGUGAGAUAGUUGGCGUAUUGUUUUCUUGCUUGCUUUAAUUAUGCACUUUUUCAUUAAUUGGUAUUUUAUAUUUGUAAACUGCUUGGAAGCCACUUUGGCACUUCAGGAGUAUAUAGAACAAUCGUUUGAACAUACGCAAGUCUGAGAAAACACACCAUGCAGAACUGAAUAUCUGAAAGCCCACCCUUAUUUAUUUAGUUCAUAAAAUCUGUACGCUGCUUGAUUGUAAAAAACAACAACAACCAAAUCUCAAAAAAAGAUAAAACAGUAAAUAAUAAUAAUAAUAAUAAUAAUAAACCAAUAAUUUGAAUGAAUGAAUUUUAUUAUUUCGGUCACAGACCAGUUCCAGCCCACAUACAAUAUCAAUAAUUUAAGGCUUUUGGAAAGCUAAAAUAACAGUAAACUGGAAACAGAUUAAAACUCACACCAACUUUCUACGUACAUAGGUGAGCAGGCUUGUCUGAACAAAGAUGGGAAGUUCAAGAUGGUGGUGGUAGCAACCUAGGAGAGGCUACUGUUUUUGGCGGUGGCUGAGCUGUGGAAUUUCCUCCUCCACAUGUCCGUCUGGUGCCUAAACUGUACAGCUUUAAUAAUAUUCUGAAAAUGCACCACUUCAGCCUACCUCUCACCCCUGAGAUAACCUAUUUUUAGAGUCCACCUUAGUCUUCCCAUCGCAAAUGGUUUUAACGGAUCUUAAUCUUGUAUUUGUAUAUUGUGGCAACUCUACCUGGGACUUUAUGGAGAAGGGCGGUUAAGAAAUCAAAAUCAAUAAUAAUGAUGAUGAUGUAGAUUUGAAGAUGCAAGCACAUGGCUUGAACCUUUCCAGAUCAUCUGCCUCUUACGAACUAAAUGUUGUCCCUAAACCCAAAUCCUUGUGGUGUGCCUCUCACUGAGACAGAAAGGUGUGUCUGCCUCAAAGAAUUCCCCAUGCUCACACACCCGCCAACAUUUCUCUGAUGAAAAUAGGGAUGUCAAAUAUAAUAAUAAUAAUAAUAAUAAUAAUAAUAAUAAUAAUUUUAUUAUCUAUACCCUGUCCAUCUGAUUGAGUUGUCCCAGACACUCUGGGCGACUUCCAAUAUAUAGCUAUCUCAUUAAAAAAACCUUCCCUCUACAGGGCUGCCUUCAGAUGUCUUCUAAAGGUUGUAUAGUGACUUAUCUCCUUAUCUCCUUGACUCCGGGGUUGCAUAACUCCAUACCCUCCAACAUUUCCCCGAAGAAAAUAGGGUCAUCCUAAGGAAAAGCAGGACAUUGCUGGAUCAGAUCAGAAACUGGGGCAGCUUCAGUAAAUCUGGUAGUGUCCCUGGAAAAUAGGCACACUGGAGGGUCUGUGUUCAACUUGCUAAGGGCAUCUCUUUGUGAACUCUGAAAUCUUUGCAGUGAAGUUCUGAUGGGGUUUCCAAGGCGGCUUAUGAAGGGCUGAUGAUGAAUAAAAGGGUUGUCUGCUAGGCACACCACAGUUCACUUAUGUAAUUGUUGAUUUCUUCCCGUAAGAAUGGCUAUCCCCCACAGCUCUUGAAAGCUGCGUUUAUCAAUUAUAUAUCUCCUUCAAAUCGCAUCAGAUUUUCCAUUCGCAGAAACCCUCCAUCUCUCCUUUCCUCAGCAAAAUUACCUUGAAUGCUCGGCUUAUCGUUUUCUGUCUCCCUGGGCUGGCUGGGCCAUCACACAUAGCUGGAGACAUUUUGCAAAGGCGCAAAUUCAUAUCACUAAAAAUCUUCUGAUUUUGCAGCGAACUGAACCUGGGCUGAUCUCAUGUGGUGUCUCUGUUCAUUCUGAAGCUCCAGUGUCAAUGGCUUCAAUGUACACACCUCAAAUUUGCACAAGGCCCUCAGUGCACUUGCAUGAUUUACUUACACGUGUUGUUUAUAUCAUUUGUUUCUGAAAGUUUUAUAAACAACUUUUAGCCUGGUGCUGUUUCCGGGACUGCUUUUCUUUUGCACUUUAAAACUUCUUCUUUUUUGGCAGCAGAUGAAACUUACUUCCAAGUAAAUGGGCUUAGGGGCCAUAUCUGGUGUACUUUCUCCUGCAAAAGUUCUUUCAAAUGAGUGGGAAAGUCAGAAAAACUCAAGAGAGUUCCUUCAUGGCUUCAUUUCCAAAGAGCUUCAGGAAAACUUAUUUGGAGUUGCAAUCAUGAAUCAAAAACAACUCCUGUAAAUCAGGAUUGGAUUGGAUUGGAUCCAGACUUUGCUGUGCUUAGAGUAGGCCUAUUGCACAUCCUCCAAGUGUCCCUAUUUUCUUUCUUUCUUUCUUUUUUGGGCUUCCCCAGGUCCCACCUAUCUGAUUUUCAUUUUACUUCAUCUUUAGCAAUUUACAUAUAUCAUAGUUUCUAACCAUCUUUUUUUUUAUCACACUUAAAAUAACUUCACAUUUUAUCACUUACAAAUAAUACUAUUUUAAAAUACACUAUCUUCUAACCCUACAGCCUAAAUCCACUUCCAAAGCUUUUCUAAGAUUUAAAUAUUACUGUAUUUUUUCAAAUAUUCUUUAAACUUCUUCCACUGUCUCUUCUCUCUGGUCUCGGAGUCUCCCGGUCAGUUCGGCAAGUUCCAUAUAGUCCAUCCUCUUCAUCUGCCAUUCUUCGAUAGUUGGUAAAUCUUGUUUCUUCCAAUCCUUUGCUAGCAAUAUUCUCACAGCUGUUUUUUUUCCUCCCUCCCGGGAGGGUUGAAAGUGACCAGGGCAGGGGGCGCUGCAUGAACCCUCCCUGCAGCCCCCCUCUCAGCUGUAGGGUGGCUGAGGCGGUGGGCAGACACAAGCCCUCGAAAAAGCAGCGCAGAACUUGCAGGCAGUUCGCUCACCGCCUCCCCCUUACGAUACUAUAGUAAAGGUAAAGGGUAAAGGGACCCCUGACCAUUAGGUCCAGUCGUGGCUGACUCUGGGGUUGCGGCGCUCAUCUCACUUUAUUGGCCGAGGGAGCCGGUGUACAGCUUCUGGGUCAUGUGGCCAGCAUGACUAAGCCGCUUCUGGCGAACCAGAGCAGCGCAUGGAAACACCAUUUCCCUUCCCUUAUCUACUUGCACUUUGACGUGCUUUCGAACAGCUAGGUUGGCAGGAGCAGGGACCGAGCAACGGGAGCUCACCCCGUCGCGGGGAUUCGAACCGCCGACCUUCUGAUCGGCAAGUCCUAGGCUCCGUGGUUUAACCCACAGUGCCACCCGCGUCCCAUGUGCAGAAUGUAGGCACCCUAUAUAUAGAAAUGAGCAAACCAGUGAUAUUUUAGGGAGCAGACUAGCAGGCGGGGCCCAUGACUUACAUCAUAGGCGCCUACACAACACACAAACACUGUUGCUGUAGGUAGGUUUUAUUUUAUUUGCUUUUUAUCUUAUAAUUUGGAAAUGUACAUCCAGGUUUUUUCCCCUUUAAUUUUUGGGGGGGCUAUAGCUUGUUUAGCUUAUAUGUAAAUCUGGCACUGACGAUGCCAAUGUGUGCGGGAGAUCAAACAUGGGAGAAGCUUCUGGAUGUAGAAUACGAUGUUCCUAUUUUCAUUGGAGAAAUGUUUUUUGGGGGAGAUGCUAUUGAAACCUAAAUGGAUCUUAAGAGCCGCUUCUGAGGCCCCAGUUAGCUGCCUGCAUACAAAGGCAACUAGAGCAAGGAGCCCACAGAACGGGACCUUUUUGCUGGUGGCCCCACUGAUCUGUUAUUUGAUUCUGCUUGAAGUUUGGCAGGUUCCAUCUUUCUAUCGGCCUUAAAAUCCUUUCUUGUAAUGGCUAGUCUGCGAUGGUGCCUGGGUAUUUUGGUAUGGACAUGUCACUCCAUGCUGGUUUUAGAAAUAUUUAGGACUGUUUUGAAAUGCCUGUUUUUAGCUUGCUUUUAAAAAUUGUAUUAUGGUGUUUUUUGUGUGUAUAUAUUUGUAAACCACUUUGGGGAACAUUUUAUUUGAAAAAUGGUCUACGCACACAUGUAUGUAUAUGUGUGUGUGAAUAAUAAUAAUAAUAAUAAUAAUAAUAGGAGUUAACAGGCCUACUAUUUUCAAAUAUUUAUUUAAUGGCAUCAACAAAGUGCUUUACAUAAAACAUCUCAAGGUCAUUUCACAAUAAGAUUAUAACCUGUAAAACGAUUACACAGCUUCUUACCUAAAAACAAUUAUAGCAAUUUAAAAACAGAAACUUUUCAUUGGUUAACACAAUUUAAAAAUAAUUUCAUACAUAAAAACAAUUAAAAAAACCAAGUUCAUAUGUAUAAGCAGUUCCAAAUCCAAUACAGAAUGCAAUUUGAGAUGAAGAGCUCCACUUAAAAGGAUUUUGGGGAGGCUAGCCAUCUUCUAAGCAUGGCAAAAUCAGGAUCCAACCCUUUAUCAUUAAUUAGUUGUGGCUACCUUUCCCCCAAAGAACAUAUGAUAUCCCUUGAAUGUUGCGUUAGAGUGACGAUCUGAAUCCGUAUCUCCCUACUUAAAGGGCAGCACUUUAACCAUUAAAUCCCACUGGCACUACAAGAUACACUGCCACUGCAUACACACAGAGAGAUAAAUAUGUGGGGCAUUUUCAGAAUUCACACAUGCCCCAAACAGAAUCGAAAGGCGUUCUGCUUUCUAGUGUCUCCUAUGAAAAUGGCUCUUUCCCACAAUCAGUCCAUCAGUUAAUCAAUGUUUUUAUUGUACAGCAUCACACAAUUGUUUUCUUUUAAGAAUAAUAGAUCUGUCAGCUCGGUCCAGGGCCUUUGCAAUUCAGCAUCUCAAAACGAGGACAAAUGCCAGUAGCAUACAACCCACCAACAUAUUCCUCAACUUUUGCUGCUGACAAAAUUCCCUUUUAUCUGAGAACAGAGAAAUCCUGGCACAGCCAAAAGGCCAUAUCAGCGAGGAAUGAACCCCAAGAGGCUAAAGAAUGCAGAUAGAGAUCAAUAUAUUCAUCACAGCCUGAUCAGCAACUAGGCCCAAAACUCCCACCAAACAUGAUGUUAUUCUUAUUAUUAUGAAUAAUAAUGACAAUAGUAAACUAAUCAUUUUUAUAUCUGCCAAAUUUUACCUCGGAAUCCAUUCUUCUGAAGUCAAAAUGAACUAAACCAUUUUAGAAACCUGCCCAAUCUUAAAUAUAGGAGGUAAAAUUUAACUCACAAGGUAGACGUUUAAACAUUUUUCUUCUUCUCCAAAAUCUGACUCACCACGGAAUCUGCUUGAAGUACUGUCAAGUUGACUGGCCUGUUUUUCAAAGAGCGUUUUAGUUUUCGUUAUCCUUGGCUCAACCAGAAUUCCUGCAAAAAGCUUCUCGUCUGUUCAUAAUUUUGUGGAUCUGCCAAAAGGAGGAAGAAAUUGAUAUAGGUUGCUCCUGUAGAUCAUUUCCUUCCCAAGCCUUCCACAGUUUAAAUGAAUAAUUUGCCUAUGGUUAUAAUGAAAAGGGAUGCGGGUGGCACUGUGGGUUAAACCACAGAGCCUAGGACUUCCUGAUCAGAAGGUUGGCGGUUCGAAUCCCCACGACAGGGUGAGCUCCCGUUGCUCGGUCCCUGCUCCUGCCCACCUAGCAGUUCGAAAGCACGUCAAAGUGCAAGUAGAUAAAUAGGUACCGCUCCAGCGGGAAGGUAAACAGUGUUUCCGUGCACUGCUCUGGUUCACCAGAAGCGGCUUAGUCAUGCUGGCCACAUGACCACAUGCUGGCCACAUGAGCUGUACGCCGGCUCCCUCGGCCAGUAAAGCGAGAUGAGCGCCGCAACCCCAGAAUCAGCCACGACUGGACCUAAUGGUCAGGGGUCCCUUUACCCUUUACCUUUACCUUUAUAAUGAAAAAGGUGUCCGUUUUCAGGCCUGACAUGUUUCCAAGGAAGGAUAAGAAUAAUCUUAGGAGCUAAACUUGAACCUCUCCAGCAGUUUGGUUGUUUCCUGCGUCCAGAAAUGGCAGCCCCUUUUCCCAACCUCGUGCUCACCAGGCGUUUUGGACUACAACUCCCAUCAGGCUACCUGGCACCCGGGUGGAAAAGGCUGGACUACGGAGCCUUUUGGGAAGAAACACUGGUUUCAAAAACUCACCAAACUCCACAGGGUCAAGUUCCCUCCACUCUGUUUCCCAUCACUCUGGAAGUAAAACCAUUUUUACAUUUCCAGUGUCUGUUUAGGCACAUACAAGAUGAGCUUAUAAAUUGAUGGAUUUGGUCGAUGGUGGGGUCAAGCACCUUUAGCCGCAAAAUUCACAGCGCAGAUCACAAACAUAGGCAUAAAGAUACAAUAAAUGGAGUCUUCUCAGAUGUUUCCUGGGGCUCCUAAAACCAUUGCACUCCCUUGGGUGUGUACUUUGCUGCUGGUGUGCAUCAGUGUUCCCGACUACCUCCCCUCAAUUAUUCAAUUUAUUUCAUAACAUUUGCACCCCGCUUGCUUGCAAGAAGAAACCUCAAAGCUGUUUGCAAGAAGAAUAAAACAAAAAAUAAAUAAAUCCAUAAAACAGCAGUUAAAAACAUUUUUUAAAAAUCAACAAUGAGCUAAAAGAAAACAGAUUAAAACAUGCCAGCAUAUCUGGGUAUGCUUGUCUAAACAAAAACAAAAUGUUCUUAGCAGGGGCCAAAAUGAGGGAGGGCGCCUGCCUUAAUGUCAAUUGGCAGGGAGUUCCAAAGUGUGUGUGCCACUGCACGAAAACAUUUCAUAUAAAUGAAUAUUACGUGUGGCGCCUACUGCAGCAGCACAGAUUGAAGAGUUGGGCAUGCAGGUGGCGAGGCGAUUUCACAGGUGAUAGUGUUUCCAGGCCACAUUGUGAUCUUGCACGCAGGUGUUUGAUUCCCUGUGCAAUGCAAAAAAAAAAAAAGUUGAGAUGCAAGUUUUCUGAUAUACAAAAACAGCAGGUUAAAUGUCUGGAUAAAAUGUGUGUGUGUUACCCGGAGUCCCUGAGAUUCGUUGCGAGCCAAGCAAACCAAUUUCCUUUCCUUUCCUUUUCUUUUUUGAGAUAUGAGUUUUCAGGAAUUGGCAGGGGUUUUUUUAUUUUUAUUUUUAAGUGUGUCAUGUCCAGCUCAACCAACAGCCUUCUUGUGAAGCAGGAGGUGAGUUUAAGGUCAAGGCAGAGGUGAAUGAACAACUGGAAGCUACCUGAUGGUCCCUAGGGGAGGAAGGAAGUGGGAGCUCUGCUUGGUGUACACCCACCCACUGCAACGUCACCACUACAAGGAAGGCACUUCUUCACACAGCACAGAGUUAAACUAUGGAACUCACUGCCACAAGAGGCAAUGACCAAGCUAGAUGGCUUUAAAACAGGAUUAGACAAAUGCAUGGAGGAGAGGGAUAUCGAUCUCUCCUAGGCUCCUUCUCCAUGGCCAGCGGCAGCCAUGCUUCUGAAUAUCAGUUGCCGGAAACUACAGGAGGGGAGAGGUUUGCUCUUGUGCUCGGAUCCUGCUCACUGGCUUCCCAUUAGGGCAUCUUGCCGGCCACUGUAAGGACAGAAUGCAGAACCAGGUGGGGCCAUUGGUGUGAUGGCCUGGGACUCGGGCUUGGAGCCGGAGAAGUCUCAAUCCACGCCAGAUCCUUUGCCUCAGGCAGCAUCUGAACCUAGUCUGGGGCCUCAUUCUGAAGAGCCCCAGUCUGGACAGGUUCCCCUGCAACAAACCCCAGUCAGGGGCCUGAGCCUGCCCUGGCUCCAGAUGCGGGGAUGACCUCAUUGCCUCCAGCUGGGCCAUCACUUACAGCUGCUCCACUACCGGUUGGGUCAGGAGAGGCUGAGGCUGCCUCUGGGUCUAGUAACCCACCGACGUCUCCUGAGCUGCAGAGACUAAGGUCUGAGAGAAGGAGAGACCAGAGUACCUGCAGGAGGAGUGCUCGCCUUCGAGCGAAUCAGGGAGGUGAGUUGCCGAGGGAUCAGGACCGGCCGUUACCCCGACAAAGAUAAAAGGCUGUUGGACCCCACCCCAGGUUGUGGGAGCAAGAUUGCUGUAUGCCAGAUCCUGCCUGAGAUCCUGUACCUGUCCUUGCCUGGUUUCCUGCCUUGGCCCUGUCAGACUGACUCCCAGCGGAACCUUUGGAGACUGGACCUGGACUGUGUUACUCAGGUUACCCCCGGGCCCAGCAGAAUUGGGCCUCAUCAAUAGGAGUAUAGCAUCUAGAUCAAGGGAAGUAAUAGUGCCACUGUAUUCUGCUCUGGUCAGACCUCACCUGGAGUACUGUGUCCAGUUCUGGGCACCACAGUUCAAGAAGGACACUGACAAACUGGAACAUGUCCAGAGGAGGGCAACCAAAAUGGUCAAAGGCCUGGAAACGAUGCCUUAUGAGGAACGGCUAAGGGAGCUGGGCAUGUUUAGCCUGGAGAAGAGGAGGUUAAGGGGUGAUAUGAUAGCCAUGUUCAAAUAUAUCAAAGGAUGUCACCUAGAGGAGGGAGAAAGGUUGUUUUCUGCUGCUCCAGAGAAGCGGACACGGAGCAAUGGAUCCAAACUACAAGGAAGAAGAUUCCACCUAAACAUUAGGAAGAACUUCCUGACAGUAAGAGCUGUUUGACAGUGGAAUUUGCUGCCAAGGAGUGUGGUGGAGUCUCCUUCUUUGGAGGUAUUUAAGCAGAGGCUUGACAACCAUAUGUCAGGAGUGCUCUGAUGGUGUUUCCUGCUUGGCAGGGGGUUGGACUCAAUGGCCCUUGUGGUCUCUUCCAACUCUAUGAUUCUAUGAUUCUAGAUUGAUUCUAGAUCCCUCCACCCAUAAGAGUAGGGGUGGUUACUUGAAACACCCUUAAGUUGUCCGUACUCUUGCACAUGUCCCAGGUAAAUGAAGAAGGAAGCGGCAAUCACAAUUUCGAUCUAUGUCCAACCACAAUGUUGUCAGGUCCCAUUGCUGGGGCCACCAGCAUCCGUUUUCAAAUGCAGUCACUGCAGAGCAAUCACUGGUGGCUGGCAAUAUUUUGGCUUCUGUCAGGGAUUCUUUAGUUGUGAUCGCAGAAUUGCAGGGGUUGAACUAGAUGGCCUUUGGGGUCCCUUCAAACUCUACACUUCUAUGAUUGUAUCUAUGACGUAAUUCUUGGAAUCCAUCAAUUCGCACCCGUUGCCCAAAACCUAAACACAGAAAAACUUGUAACAAGUGAAGAAAACUUGCUUCCAGUUGCAUUGCAGUUUCCACCCCCCACAAAUCAAUUUAAUUAUUCAUUAUCUGAAUCCCUUUCCCCUAAAUUAAAUGAAUCCAAUAAACUAUUCUUCUUGUUGUUGUUCCUCUGAGCCACAGCACAUCAGAACAUUUCUGCUUAGAGACACAUGGGGACACCUCUUUGCUCUGCUUUUGGAUUAGGAUUGGUGAGUCGUGCUGAGGGCUGAGGAGAUUGACAGAAACGCCUUUAUAGAUUCAAAGACAUGUGCAAUGGGGGGGGCAGGAAAAAAAGUGUGCGGCUUUGAAGGAGGAAAUGUUUAAAAAUGGCUUGGCCUUUUGCAAUGUGGGAUAGCUGCGUUCCAGUAACCGAACUGGAUCAGCUUGCAACAUGAACCUGCAAUGAUAUUGUAUUUUUGGAAUGAAAGCAGGUUCUCAAGAAAAUCAUUUUUUGUAAUAGAUCUACACCAGUUGCUCCCAUAGUAGGAGGGACGGCCCCUGGGGGCAAUUCGGUAGUGGGGUAAGGUAAAGGUAAAGGGACCCCUGACCAUCAGGUCCAGUUGUGGCCGACUCUGGGGUUGCGGCGCUCAUCUCGCUUUACUGGCCGAGGGAGCCGGCGUACAGUUUCCGGGUCAUGUGGCAAGCAUGAUUAAGCCGCUUCUGGCGAACCAGAGCAGCGCACGGAAAUGCCGUUUAUCUUCCUGCCAGAGCGGUACCUAUUUAUCUACUCGCACUUUGACGUGCUUUCGAACUGCUAGGUGGGCAGGAGCUGGGACCGAACAACGGGAGCUCACCCUGUCGCGGGGAUUCGAACCGCCGACCUGAGAGCCAGUGUGGUGUAAUAAUAAUAAUAGUAAUAAUAAUAAUAAUUUUUAUUUAUACCCCACCCUCCCCAGCCAAGGCUGGGCUCAGGGCGGCUAACAAGCAAUAAUAAAAAUAAGUUGAAUGAAUACAACUUAAAAACAAAAUUAAAAUACAACAUUAAAAGAGUUCUAGACUCGUAAUCUGGUGAACCGGGUUCGCUUCCCUGCUCCUCCAUAUGCAGCUGCUGGGUGACCUUGGGCCAGUCACACUUCUCUGAAGUCUCUCAGCCCCACUCACCUCACAGAGUGUUUGUUGUGGGGGAGGAAGGGAAAGGAGAAUGUUAGCCGCUUUGAGACUCCUUCGGAUAGCGAUAAAGCGGGAUAUCAAAUCCAAACUCCUCUUCUUCUUCUUCUUCUUCUUCUUCUUCUUCUUCUUCUUCUUCUUCUUCUUCUGAUCGGCAAGCCCUAGGCUCUGUGGUUUAACCCACAGUGCCACCCGCGUUCCCUGUAGUGGGGUGCUAAGAGGCAAAGGGGCAGCCGAGGGGUUGUGGAGGUGUAAAUGACUACCAGACUUUGAAAAGCUGGUAUGGUAGGUGCCAAACUCCCUGCGGUGCCAAAGCACCCACAAAAUCCCCCACAAUGGGGCUGGGCACCCACAAAUUUCAGUGCCAGGGCCUUCACACUGCAUGGCACCCACAGCUUUGGGCACCCAUGGUCGUGGGGCCAAGUUGGCACUCCUAGCUGGUAUCACAGCUUCAAGUUCAGCAAUUUUGUUGAAUCAAUCAAACUAAAUAGUUUUAACCGGAUUUUGAAUAGACAGUUAGCGUGCAAUUAAUUGUGACUGCUUUGGAUUUUAUUGUGUUAUUAUCUUCCUUAGUGAGUCAAGGAAACUUCUGUUAUGAAUGAUACUUUUUAUAGGGUAGAGUGGGGGACAUGGGCGUAGACAGGAUUCAUUUUAGCGGGGGUUAGACUUUAUGCUGGAUGCUGGGGGUGGGGGUGGGGGUGGGAACAGAACCAAGUUAUCCAUGAUGCAAUUGGUUGGUUAAUUAAGUAUUUUUAUUCAUUUAUUAGAUGGGGAGGGAGCUUCCCCCCGGCGCCACCAGGUGGGGGGUGACUUUUGGGAACCAAGGGGAUUUUGACGAAGGAGGCGAGUAACUAAACAAACUUUAGAAUAAAUCUGAAGGCAGCCCUGUAUAAGCAGGUUUUUAAAUUUUUAAUGUUUUUAUAUAUGUUAGAAGCCGCCCAGAGUGGUUGGGACAACCCAGUCAGCUGGGCGGGAUAUAAAAACAUUAUUAUUAUUAUGGAAUAGGACGUCCCUAUUUUCAUCAGAGAACAGGGUACGGUAUAGUAUCAGUUUUAUUAUUAUUUGCAGAAUAUGGAUAGAUAUCUUUUCAAAAUGAGAGCAAGAGCAUCAAGUCAUACUGAGGACAAUUCUAGCUGUGUUUUCCAGCGUUAUUUCUUAUCGAUGAAAAAUUUGGCGUGGUGCAAGCCAAUUUUGUGUGGUGCAGGCGGAAAAGUUUGAGAACCACUGCCCUAGAAUUAUGUACAGUGGUACCUUGGCUCUUAAUCCGUUCCAAAACCAAAGCAUUCCAAAACCAACAUGGAAAGUAAUACAAAACAGAUUGAUCCAUAAAAUGACAGCAAUAAUCGAUGUACUGUACUAUAAAAUAAGACAGUAUUGUAAAUAAAUAAAUAAAUUUUUCUUACUUGCACUGAUGAUAGGGCCUGCAAGACAAAGCUGUUCCGCCUGGCCUUUGGUUUGGACUCAGUCUGACCCUUAUGUUUUCCCUCCCCUUACGGUUUUGAUCUAUCGGCUACUUUUAAAAUGAGGCUGCAUUUUAAACUGCAUUUUAACCUGUAUUCUAAAUUGGUUUUCCCCUCCCUAUUAUGUUUUUAUUGUAAUUUUACUGGUGUUUGCCACCCUGAGCCCAGCUCUGGCAGGGGAAGGUGGGGUAUAAAUAAACUUUAUUAUUCUUAUUCUUAGAACAUUAGAAGCCAAAGGCCUGGUUUGAAAAGGAAGGUUUUCGCCUGACGUACGCAAUUUUGUUUUGUUUUAGCCGCUUGCUUUUCAAAUUUUAUUGACCCUUCUCUUUUUAGAUUGUUGCAUUUAAUGUUCCUUCCAUGCUGUAUGGAAAGACAGGGGACAGAAGUCUUAAACAGACACCGGGAACAAGCGUGUCUUCCUCAGGCCAGAGAUGCUCCUUUGAAGAAAGGGCCCUUUUGUGCAAAGGAUUUUGCAUGAAUAGCGGACUGGCAGGUGAUGGUUUGACAGGCUACUUUCUGCCACGGCCCUGGUCUAUAAUUAUCCAAAAGUGAAAGGGUUCAAUAUUCCUCCUCCUUUUUAAAAACAACAAUAACAACCCAGUAACAAUCUGUUAUACAUAAGAUUGAGACCCUAUUAAAAGGGAUGGGCAUAUUUCCACAAAAUAACAGUGCCAAAAUCUGCAGGCAUCGCAGCAGAAACUAGAACGGGGUUGAGGAAAAUAAUAUAUUUCCCCCCCUAAUUUUUUUUUAUCAAUUUUCCACAUUAUUAGACAAAUAAACAAACACAAAUCAUAACUGAACUUAAUCCAUUGUUAAUAUCAUAAUUAAAUGACUUCCUCAAAUUCCCUUGACUGAAUUUCAUUAUAUAUCAUUGUAACAGUUUUCCAAAAUAGUAUUUCACAAGAUUUACUUAAUCCUCUUAACAUCUUUAUCUCUUUUCAUCUUGACUUUAAACAUAUUGUUUUUUAAUUUCACAUAUUUAGAUCCUUGGCCUAUCUGUUAUUUGCAAGUAUUUCUAUUUAAUUUAUCUUAGCAUAUUUGGAUAAAUAGUCUUUGAAUUUCAUCCAUUCCUCCUGGUACUCCUCCUCCUUCUGGUCGUGGAUUCUUCCAGUCAGGUCGGCUAGCUCCCAAAAGUCCAUCAUCUUCAUCUGCCAUUCCUCCACUGUUGGUACUUCUUGUGUUUUCCAAUUCUUGGCUAAUAAAAUUCGAGCUGCUGUUGUGGCAUACAAAAACAAUCUAACAUCUUUCGGGGGCAAUUCCAACCCUAUUAUUCCAAGAAGAAAGGCCUCUGGUUUCUUUGCAAAUGUAUAUUUCAACAUUUUUUUCGAGGAAAAUAAUAUCUUAUUCUGAUGGGGAAUAUGAUGUGGUAGAUUUCAGUCUAGGACGUGUGUUUUUUAUGCUUCAUUCGUUUUGCGUUUUACAAUAUGUAUUGAUCUAUUGAUUAUCUAUCCCAGCUUCUUCUCCAAGGACCUCCUCAUUUAAAACCCACAACAACCAUGUGAGGUAGGUUAGGCUGAGAUAAUAAUAUAAUAAUAAUAAUAAUUUAUUAUUUAUACCCCACCCAUCUGGCUGGGCUUCCCCAGCCAGUCUGGGAGGGAGCAGCUGGCCAAUGGUCACACAAAGUCAACUUCAUGGCUGAAUGGGGUUUUGAACCCAGGUCUUGCAGGUCCUAGUCUGACACUCUAACCCCUGUGUGGCCACGCUGACUCUUUAUAUACCCUCAAUUUUUAGAAUAUAUGCACUGCAGCGCUUAAUCUUUUAAAAGAAAUCUAAGCCAUUUUGAUAGAAUGGUAUAAAAAUUCAUGAAAUGGAUUUUAGGGUCUGUUUUAACCUCCUUCUUCUUUUGCACAAGACGUUUUAUUUUAUUUAUUCCAAACUUCGUUGAAAUUGCUUUAAAGGAACAAUUGCUAAGCGUAAGGUUUUGUCUUCCAGGACAAAUGCAUAUACAGAUGUUAAGGCUUGCAGGCAGUCCUCUCCGUAUGGCAUCGAAACAGACUUGGAGAAUUUUUUUACGUUACAGAUUAAGCUCCCAUCUGCAAGGUAUAAUAUCCUUCAGAUUGAGAGCGUUGAGAUAAUUUCUCCAUUAUGGCUGCUGCGAUUGAGUUGGAAGGGAGAUUACGGCACCAUUGUUAAUAAACGAUAUAAAUUGAGGCCAUCGUCUUGAAACUCAAGAUUUUAAAGCGGCUGCGUCCCCUUUUGGUUUGUGCUUUCACUGGUUUGACAAGCUGACCCAAAAAAGGGGGGGAGGCAGGAGUCUAGAAAGGUUUUAAACUGUUAAGUCAGUAUAAUAAGUUAUCAGCCCUUCCAAAGAUGGGGCUGAGCUCAGUGACUUGUGAACCCCCUCCUUUAAUAAAUAAUAAUACAUUUUAUUUAUACCCCGCCCUCCCUGGCCAGAGCAGGGCUCAGGGCGGCUAACACCAGUAAAAACAUACCAGUAAUGGGGGGGGGGACCAAUUUAAAAUACAGGUUAAAAUGCAAUUUAAAAUGCAGCCUCAUUUUAAAAGUAGCCCAUAGAUCAAAACCAUAAGGGGAGGGAAACAUAAGGGUCAGACUGAGUCCAAACCAAAGGCCAGGCGGAACAGCUCUGUCUUGCAGGCCCUGCGGAAAGAUGUCAAGUCCCGCAGGGCCCUAGUCUCUUGUGACAGAGCGUUCCACCAAGUCGGGGCCAGUGCUGAAAAGGCCCUGGCCGUAGUUGAGACCAAUCUAACCACCUUGCGACCUGGGACCUCCAAAAUGUUGUCAUUUGCGGACCUUAAGGUCCUCCGCGGGGCAUACCAGGAGAGGCGGCCCCGUAGGUAUGUGGGUCCUAUCCACAAAGGUAGUCCAAGGAGAGGGGCCGAGGUGAUUUCUGAGGAUUUGUUCCUCCAAGCGCUUUUUAGAAAGACCAGCCCAGCUUGAAAACAGGCUCCUGAACUUUGGGGGAGCCAUCGGCUCCUCGGUUCCAGAAACUCGUUCCCAAUGCCUACGAAAAGCAUUUAUUCAGGGGUUGGACUAGAUGACCUUUGGGUUCCAACUCUACAAUUCCUUGAUUCUGAGAGUGGUUUUCAUGACCCACUUAAGGAAGGUCAUGAAAUCGUAGAGUUGGAAGGGACCAUUCUAUUCUAACCUCCUGCAAUGCAGGAUAACACAAUAAAAUUCAAAAGAGUAAAACUUUAUUUUCGCAGUCAUUCAGACUCUUUAAUUCAACAAAAUGGAUGUACUUUAUCCAGCAAUAACAGCUUUUAAAAGUCUGAUAGUCAUUUACGCCUCCCUACGGCCCCAGUGGACACGGGUGGCGCUGUGGGUUAAACCACAGAGCCUAGGACUUGCCGAUCAGAAGGUCGGCAGUUCGAAUCCCCACAAUGACGGGGUGAGCUCCCAUUGCUUGGUCCCUGCUCCUGCCCACCUAGCAGUUCGAAAGCACGUCAAAGUGCAAGUAGAUAAAUAGGUACCGCUCCGGCGGGAAGGUAAGCGGCGUUUCCGUGUGCUGCUCUGGUUCGCCAGAAGCGGCUUAGUCAUGCUGGCCACAUGACCCGGAAGCUGUACGCCGGCUCCCUCGGCCAAUAAAGCGAGAUGAGUGCCACAACCCCAGAGUCGGCCACAACUGGACCUAAUGGUCAGGGGUCCCUUUACCUUUACUGUCCCAGUACACAUAAUUAUAUGUGUGCAUCCCUCCCAGGUAAUCCCAUUGUCCCCCAGGGAGUGGCACUUCCCACUUUGGGAACCACAAUGUAAAGGAAAGGAAGGGGUCUGGAACAAGAGGCAGUUAUGUUCCCAAGUGCAAGUUGGACUGGCAAUCUUUAAAUCUGUGCUUUAAAUAUUAAUUUGUUCGUUAAACGUCUAUCCCCUGCUUCCUCCCAGAGGAGCCCACAGUGGCAAAUACAAAAGUGAUAAAAAUAAAUAAAAUAAAAAGGUAUUUAAAACACUUAAGAACAGUGGCAGCUGUGUCCCAUUUUCUCUCUCCAUGGAGCUCAAUCAUCUACAGCGUAGGAAUACCUGCUGAAGUUGAGAAGUGUAGUUUGUGAAGUAUGAAUGGGGGUGGAGAUAACGGAAGGAAAGUUUUCUUACAAUGCUAUGCUAAUACUACGAUACGAUACGAUACAAUAAUCAUUAUUGUCAUUGUCCCAUUCAGAACAACGAAAUUGAAAAAAUCUACAUCAGACAUUCAGAAACUAACAAGCCUUCUAUCCCAGCUAUCCCAACCUGGUUAGCCCCCUAAAAACUCUGAUACCCCAUAAUUAAAUACAAUAUACUCCCAGAGAGACUACAUUACACUGCGUUUAAAACCAAAAUCGCAUUUGGGUAGAAACUGUUUCUCAGGCGGCUAGUCCUAGUCUUUAUAACCUUCUUCCAGAAGGCAGAAGCUGAAAGAGAUCAUUUCCGGGGUGCGCACUAUCCUGCGCUAUCUCUGCAGCUUUCUUAUGACACCUGGAAGCGUAGAUUUGAUCCAAGGUGGGAAGAGGGCACCCAAUUAUUCUCUCCGCAGUCUUUACAACCUCGGACAGCAUUGGUUUUUCCCUGACCGUGCAGUUCCCAAACCACACACACAGACCAUAAGUUAAUAUACUAAGAAGCAUUGAACUGUGGAGUGGAAAGGGAUCCCCAAGGGUCAUCUAGUCCAACCCCCUACAAUGCAGGAACCUCAGCUAGAGCAUCCAUAGCAGGUAAUCUAUUAACAUAAGGAGGCAGGAUGGCUGUGAGGUUCAAAUGGGCAAUGGGAAGUUAUUCUUCACACAAUGGAUAUUUGACCUAUGAAACUCACUGCCACAAGAGGCGGCAAGGGGCGCUGAGUUAGGUGGCUUUUUGAUAGGGUAGGACAAAUCCAUGGUAAAUAGGUCUGUUAAUAGUUAACAAUCUGAAUCCACAGUUGGAGGCAGCAGUUGCUGGAAGUCACAAGGGCACCUGGUUGGCCGCAGUGAGAACAGAAUGCUGGACUGGAUGGGCCCUUGGACUGAUCCAGCAGGCUCUUCUUACUGUUGAAACCAUUCCCUCGUCCACGAAAAGCAGGCAGCCUCAUAGUAUAAUCAGCUGGUCAGUGUUGACUUCAAGCUUCUCUAGGGUUAUCCAGGCUUAGUUAUUCCGAUCAGAAACACCGGAAUGUAGCUGAUCCAAGCGGGGCUUGAAGUCCCCGUCCAUCAGCUGACCGAGGGUGGCUUCAAGCACUGCUUGGAUGAGCUUGGAUCUCCCUGUGCAGCGUGACUUGAACUCAGGCCCAAAAUAAAAACCACUAGAAUGCCUCUAUUACACAAAUCCAGUUGAAAAAACACGUAAAUGUAAUAGGCUGUAUAACGACAACUGUAAAGUUAUUUACUAGAAACUACUUCUCAAAAUUAGAUACAGCUUCUCAUAAUGGUCAAAAUCAACAUCGUGACAUAUCAUAUUAAAAUGUAGCUUAUUCAGUCCAGCAUGUACAAAAUGCAAUUCCUAUUUUGUCAGUCCCAUAGUACAUUCAUAUUCUAAUUUCUUCAUCUUCUCUUGUCUUUUUCUAUCUGACGUAUUCCUUAGAAGAGUACAACAUUAAAUCAUUUGAACACUGGCACUGGUAGAUGCUGGCACAGGCAGACAGGACAAGGAUUCCUGGAUGUUCCCCUGUUUUGCCCCAGGGGCUUUAUCAACUGUGCGUGGUUCGUUACAACUGUUGUUGUUGUUGUUUAGUCAUUUAGUCGUGUCCGCCGCUUCGUGACCCCCUGGACCAGAGCACGCCAGGCACUCCUGUCUUCCUCUGCCUCCCGCAGUUUGGUCAAACUCAUGUUGGUAGCCUCGAGAACACUGUCCCACCAUCUCGUCCUCUGUCAUCCGCUUCUCCUUGUUCCCUCCAUCUUUCCCAACAUCAGGGUCUUUUCCAGGGAGUCUUCUCUUCUCAGGAGGUGGCCAGAGUCUUGGAGCCUCAGCUUCAGGAUCUGUCCUUCCAGUGAGCACUCAGGGCUGAUUUCCUUCAGAAUGGAGACGUUUGAUCUUCUUGCAGUCCAUGGGACUCUCAAGAGUCUCCUCCAGCACCAGAAUUCAAAAGCAUCAAUUCUUCAGUGAUCAGCCUUCUUGAUGGUCCAGCUCUCACUUCCAUGGAACUUAUUCGUGAUAAGGCCACCACCAUGCAUUAUGGGAACAUCAGAGGAUUGACAAGUGGCCUGUUGUGUGUGUGUGUGUGUGUGUGUGUGAGAGAGAGAGAGAGAGAGAGAGAUGAGUUUGAACUCCGGCAGCCCAAUUCACCCCUUGCCACCCUAGUUUUCUGUUUUGCUUUUCCACCAGGCACCUUCUGCCUUUGUUGUUUGACUUGCAGUGUGUGAUUUCAGCCGGCAGAUGUCCCUUUGCCUUGAUGUGUCUGUUCACAUCCUUGCCUUGGAUGUAGUGAAAUUGUUGUUUAUCAGGGACUGAUGUCUUCACCCUAUGCAAAACUGUUCACACCUUGGCUAGAGAGGAAACAGGAACAGCUUAAGGGAGAGCUUUCCAAACUGUGUGUCAUGAGGACUUGAAUGCUCCCCACACGCCUCCCAGGGCUGGAAAAUGGUUAAUUUAACCUCCAGUUUGCUAGUAAAACUGUAUUACUGUAUCUAAAAAAGUGUGUCACCAACAUGAAAAGUUUGGAAAGCUUAAGGGCUCCCACUGGUGUGAAGCUGGCUGAAGCUACAGCACAUCAAAAGGCAGCAUCUUACAACAAAAUACAGGAUAUAUUUGCAUUUUGGAUAAGGGUUGUGUGAACACAGAUGGAAAACCCACCUUUGGGAAUGCAUAAGGAGUGUGAACAGAGCCUUAGAGGAGUGCCUAAGCUCUCAUUCAUGCCACACAUUUAAAGUGCUAGGAUACUGCCAAAGAUCUCUGGGAGCUGUAGUUUGCUAAGGGUGCUGAGAGGUGUCAAAAAGCCCCUCUUCCUCCUCUCACAGAACUACAAUUCCCAGAGUUCCCUGGGAAGAGGCAUUGAUUGCUAAACCACUCAGGGCGUUUGUGGACAGGCAUUCUCAAUCUCCUUCAAGCCACCACAAUUGGGACGUAUUCCGAGAUGGCAGCAAAGCAAUGUCUCUCUCUCCCGCUCAUGCAAUAUGAACCGAACUCAAUUUCCAUAGAAGUAGAAUCUGCACCCCUCUCUUGCAGGAAAAGCAACCAAGAGUCCUGCGGUGCCUUAAAGGCAAAGAAACAUUUAUCAUCACAUUAGUCAAGCCAAGCGAUUUAUUACGGUCACAGACCAGUAAUUACCCCGGCAUAAGAUUUCAUAGACCGCCGUCCACUGUAUUAAAUGCAUGAAGCGUUCUCCUCGGUUGCAAGUCUACCACUCUCCAUGGGAACGGAGGAAGAAUUGUAGACAGUGAGAUAUCAGAGGGAAAUGAGUUGCAGGAAAGUUCAGCCCAGGUAAUUUUGUAAUUAGCAGUUGUAGAAUACAACAAACAGCCCUGCUGGCUGAAACACAAGAUGCUGGCAUGGGGAAUGAAAUAUAGUUGAGAGUGGAUUUCAUGCUCUUUAUUCAGCUCAUAGUGGUGAGGAGGAAUGGAAGUUCCCCCAGAAUGUCUGCUUUAUAUACAUUAUUUACACAAUGAACCCCACUUGAUUGGCUAAUUCUGGGAUUCUCCUGUGGGCCAAUCAGGUUGCGGAUUCACUUCCACCUGGAGCUGGAUUGGGUGGCUCCUGUGGACCAAUCAGACUGCUGCAUUCUGAAUCCUAUUGUUCUAGGACCAAUCAGACAGCUGCAUUCUGAAUCCUAUUGUUCUAGGACCAAUCAGACCGCUGCAUUCUGAAUCCUAUCGUUCUAGGACCAAUCAGACAGCUGCAUUCUGAAUCCUAUUGUUCUAGGACCAAUCAGACUGCUGCAUUCUGAAUCCUAUCGUUCUAGGACCAAUCAGACCGCUGCAUUCUGGAUCCUAUUCAACUCAGUACAUAACACCCCUCCCCUCUAAGUUCCAGUCCUGCCCGGGAGGUUGCAUUCAUAGUCCUCAAGGUACGCCGGCCGCCUACAUAUGCGUUGCGGCCUGGGGUGUUCCCUGGUCAGGGGUUCGGGUUCUGGCUCGUGUUCCGAGGAUGCUGGCUGUGAUGGGGCCAUUUGGUCUGGUGCGACCGGCUCGCUCAGUCAUGGCUCUGGUUCUGGUGUCCUUUCGGCCUUGUGGGUCCUCUCUGUAUUUACUGAUUCUGCUCCCCUGCUGGCCGCUCCUGCUCUACGGGCCUCACUGCCCCACUGUUCCCUUGGGACUCCUCUGACCCGUCCUCCUCCUGGUUUUCUCCCGGGAAUCGUCGCCGUAUCUGGUCGCAGUGGCGGCGCCAGCAUUCCCCCCCAUCUGUUAGCACCUCGUACGACACGGGGCCAGUGACCCUGGUGACUGUGGCGGGUACCCAUGCCGGGCCUGCCCCCAAAUUCUUUGCGUACACUGGGUCCUGGGCCACGAAGGUCCGGGGGUUCCUGCCUUCCCCCACCACUACCUCAUCCUGAGCUCUAUCGGGGUGAAGGCGGUCCAGUCUGAUUGCAAGGCGCCGGCCCAUUAGUAGUUCAGCGGGGGCUCCUUAGCACAAGUAGUGUGAUUCCUGCGUUGCAGGGGGGUGGAGUAGAUGACCCCUUGGGGUCCCUUCCAACUCUACAAUUCUAUGGUUCUCUGAUUCAAGAAGUGCAUAGAAACAUGCAGCAGCUCAUCCCUUACAGUCUCAGCUGUGGCCAAAUGCCUGUUGAAACAGACACAUUGAUACGAUAUGCCGGAAGGGGCAUAUUUCCAGCACGAGGGAGUUCCUUGGUGUCUGGGCUGAACGAUGGGGGUGGAGACGCUCCUUCAGGUCUUCUGGACCGACGCCGUUUAGGACUUUAAAGGUCAGCACUAACACUCCGAAUUGUGCUUGGAAACGUACUGGGAGCCAAUGUAGGUCUUUCAAGACCGGUGUUAUGUGGUCUCGGCGGCCGCUCCCAGUCACCAGUCUAGCUGCCACAUUCUGGAUUAGUUGUAGUUUCCGGGUCACCUUCAAAGGUAGCCCCACGUAGAGCGCAUUGCAGUAGUCCAAGCGGGAGAUAACUAGCGCAUGCACCACUCUGGCCAGACAGUCUAAGGGCAGGGAGGGUCUCAUCCUGCGUACCAGAUGGAGCUGGGAGAAAGCUGCCCUGGACACAGAAUUAACCUGCGCCUCCAUGGACAGCUGUGAGUCCAUUGAAAGUAAAACGGACAAUAUCAUAAUGCUGUCAUACAAGUCUAUGGUGCAACCAGGGCUUUUUUUCCAGACGGAACUUGCUUGAACUCAGUUCCGGCACUUCUCAGGUGGGCGUCAUUGCCAUUAUAGUGGUACCUCUGGUUACGUACUUAAUUCGUUCCGGAAGUCCGUUCUUAACCUGAAGCACCACUUUAGCUAAUGGGGCCUCCUGCUGCUGCUGCGCUGCCAGAACACGAUUUCUGUUCUCAUCCUGAAGCAAAGUUCUUAACCUGAAGCACUAUUUCUGGGUUAGCGGAGUCUGUAACCCGAGGUACCACUGUAUAAGAGAACAAGGCAGGUGUUCGUGGUGAGUUCCUGCACCGCUUUUUCUAGAAAAACAGUGCCACCAUAUUUGAAAUUCUGCACACACCUCUGGCUGCCCCACCUCAGAAAGGAUAUUGUAGAGUUCAGAAAAGUGCCCUCAAAAUGAUCAAGGGGAUGUAGGGACCCCCCUAUGGAGAAAGCUUGCCGUAUUCGGGACUUUUUAGUUUGGAGAAAAGAAGAGUAAGUGGCGACACGAUAGUAGUUUAUAGAACGAUGCAUGUCAGGGAGAAAGUGGAGAGAGAAAAUAUUAAAAGCCACCCCACAUGAAAGUUGUUCCCCCUCUCUCAUAACACCAGCUCAUAGGAGCAAAACUCAUAGGGGGGCCCAAUAAAAUAUUUGAGGGGGCUGCCCCCCCCAGUUUAUGGGCAGUGCCAUUCAAAUGGUAUGCAUGCACUGUGUCAUGUGAUUGAUUAUGAGGGGUGGGGCUUACCUGCCCCCCCCCCAAUAUUUUAUUUAAGUUGUCACCCCUUGGGGGCCCAACUCCUCUCUCUUGCGGGGGCCCAGUUAGUGCCAUUGCCUUCCGUUAAGAGUUUGGGUAUAAUCCUUGUCUCCUCCCUUUCCAUGGAGGUGCAGGUUGCAGCCACAGCAAAGGUGGCAUUUUUCCAUCUCCGCCGUAUUAAGCAGUUGGUCCCUUACCUUUCUCGCCCCGACCUGGACACAGUGAUCCAUGCGAAGGUCACCUCCAGGCUUGAUUAUUGUAACUCGCUUUACGCGGGGCUGCCCUUGAAGCUGACCCAGAAACUCCAGUGGGUGCAGAAUGCCGCAGUGAGGCUCCUUACGGGAGCCUUGCCGCGGGAUUACAUUCAGCCAGUGCUUUACCAACUGCACUGGCUUCCGGUGGAGUACAGGGUCAGGUUUAAGGUGCUGGUCUUGACCUUUAAAGCCCUAUGCAGCCUAGGACCCACAUACCUACGGGACCGCCUCUCCUGUUAUGUCCCGUGGAGGACCUUAAGGUCCACAAAUGACAACACUUUGGAGGUCCCAGGUCGCAAGGUGGUUAGACUGGUCUCCACUAGAGCCAGGGCCUUUUCAGUACUGGCCCCGACUUGGUGGAACGCUCUGCCACAAGAGACCAGGGCCCUGUGGGACUUGACAUCUUUCCGCAGGGCCUGCAAGACAGAGCUGUUCCGCCUGGCCUUUGGUUUGGACUCAAUCUGACCCUUAUGUUUCCCUCCCCUUAUGGUCUUGAUCUAUGGGCUACUUUUAAAAUGAGGCUGCAUUUUAAAUUGCAUUUUAAAUGCAAUUUAUUUUAAAUUGGGUCCCCCCCAUCAUGUUUUUACUGUGAUUUUAUUGGUGUUAGCCACCCUGAGCCCGGCUCUGGCCGGGGAGGGCGGGGUAUAAAUUUAUUUAUUUAUUUAUUUUUAUUUUAUUUGUUUAUUCAUGGACAUCAAAUGAAGCUGAAUAUUGGAAGGUUCAGGACAGAUAAAAGAGGCAGAGGAAGCACAGAGUUAGACUAUAGAACUCCCUCCCACAAGAGGCAGGGACAUUAAAAGAGGGUUAGACAAAGUCAUGGAGGAGAGGGCUGUCGAUGGCGACUAGCCAGGAUUCCUAGGCUCAGUCAUCCACAGUUGGAGGCAGCCCUGCUUCUGAACACCAGUUACUGGAAACCACAGGAGGGGAGAAGGUGGUCUUGCGUUCGAAUCCUGCUUGCUGUUUCCCCAGGGUCAGACCCUGUGAGAACAGGAUGCUGAGCUAGAUGGGCCGCUGGCCUGAUCCAGCGUGGGCUCCUCUCCUUUUCCGAUGACCUCCCCUUUGCUUUUGCCCCCAGAUGCCAAAGGGACCAUCCGGGAGAUCGUCCUUCCCAAAGGUCUGGACCUGGACCGGCCAAAGAGGACCAGGACCUCUUUCACUGCUGAGCAGCUGUACCGGUUGGAGCUGGAGUUUCAGCGCUGCCAGUACGUGGUGGGCAGAGAGAGGACGGAACUCGCCCGGCAGCUCAACCUCUCCGAGACGCAGGUGAGGGAUGGGUGCCUUUGCCGAAGAAGGCGUCGCUCUUUUCCGCCCCACACUGAUUCUUCCCCUGCUCCUUUUCAUUCUCUCUUCCUCCUUCAUUCUCAUUUUCUCUCUCUCUCUCUCUCUCUCUCUCUCUGAAAUAUACUCAGAGUCCUGGGGUGAUUUCAAGCUCUUUAUUGCAGCUUGUGAAACAGUGAUUGAAUUGACCCCCAAACCUCAGGCUUUUAUAAUAAUAAUAAUAAUUUAUUAUUUAUACCCCGCCCAUCUGGCUGAGUUUCCCCAGCCACUCUGGGCGGCUCCCAAACGAGUGUUAAAAACAAUACAGCAUUAAAUAUUAAAAACUUCCCUGAACAGGGCUGCCUUCAGAUGUCUUUUAAAGAUAGGAUAGCUGCUUAUUUCCUCCACAUCUGAAGGGAGGGCAUUCCACAGGGUGGGUGCCACUACCAAGAAGACCCUCUGCAAGGUUCCCUGUAACCUCUCUUCUCUCAAUGAGGGAACCGCCAGAAGGCCCUCGGUGCUGGACCUCAGUGUCCGGGCAGAACGAUGAGGUUGGAGAAGCUCCUUCAAAUAUACAAGACCGAGGCCGUUUAGGGCUUUAAAGGUCAGCACCAACACUUUGAAUUGUGCUCAGAAAACGUACUGGGAGCCAAUGCAGAUCUCUCAGGACCAGUGUUAUGUGGUCCUGGCGGCCACUCCCAGUUACCAGUCUAGCUGCUGCAUUCUGGAUUAACUGCAGUUUCCGGGUCACCUUCAACGGUCGCCCCACGUAGAGCGCAUUGCAGUAGUCCAAGCGGGAGAUAACUAGAGCAUGCACCACUCAGGGGAGACAGUUCGCGGGCAGGAAGGGUCUCAUCCUGCAUAUCAGAUGGAGCUGGCAGACAGCCGCCCUGGACACAGAAUUAACUUGUGCCUCCAUGGACAGCUGUGAGUCCAAAAUGACUCCCAAGCUGUGCACCUGGUCCUUCAGGAGCACACUAACCCCAUUCAGGACCAGGGAAUCCCCCAAACCCACCCACCCCCUGUUCCCCAAAAACAGUACUUCUGUCUUGUCAGGAUUCAACCUCAAUCUGUUAGCCACCAUCCAUCCUCCAACCGCCUCCAGGCACUCACACAGGACCUUCACCGCCUUCACUGGUUCUGAUUUGAAAGAGAGAUAGAGCCUCUCUAAUAUACAUUAUUUACACAAUGAGUCCCGUCUGAUUGGCUGAUUCUGCUUUCCUCCUAAAGCCUGAUUGGUCUUUUCCUGCAGGCCAAUCAGUUGUUGCAUUCUAGGAUCCUGCUUGCCUAUUGUUCCAGGAUCCAAGCUUAGUACAUAACACACACACACUCUCUCUCUCUCUCUCUCAGCUUUCAUGACACAAUGGGACUCUUUUGGCUUAUUUUGAGCUUUAGCAAGCAACAGAUGUCGCUUUGACUGCAUCAGUACCCACAAGACACUCAGCAUGAGUCACCCCAGGCAGGAAACUGGAGUCAUGUGGCUGUGUGGUGUAAUGAUUAGAGAGUGCUGGACCAGGACUUGGGAGAGACCAGGGGGAGGGGAAUUCUGUUCGGUCACAGAGAUGUUGUAUAAAAGCAUCUUUUUGAGUGUCCCACGCCCCUAGCACUGGAAGCAUGUCCUGAGCUCUGAGUCCUGUGGUGCCCAGAAGCAAAUGAGCUUCUGGAUCUUGUGAAAUACUCGGAAUCAUAGAAUUGUAGAGUUGGAAGGGAGCACCAAGGGUCAUCUAGUCCAGUCCCCUGGAAUGCAGGGAUCACAGCUAAGCAAUCCCUGAUUUAUGGCCACCCAACCUCUGUUUCCAAAUGAAGGCGAGUCCAUUACUUUCCGAGGGAGUCCAUUCCACUGUCAAACAAGCCCCCCGCCCCCUAAUGUUCAGACAGAAUCUCUUUUCUUGUCAUUUGAAUCCAUAAUAAUAAUAAUAAUAAUAAUUUAUUAUUUAUACCCCGCCCAUCUGGCUGAGUUUCACCAGCCACUCUGGGCAGCUCCCAAUCGAAUGUUAAAAACAAUACAGCAUUAAAUAUUAAAAACUUCCCUAAAGAGGGCUGCCUUCAGAUGUUUUUUAAAAAUAAGAUAGCUGCUUAUUUCCUUGACAUCUGAUGGGAGGGCUUUCCACAGGGCGGGCGCCACCACCGAGAAGGCCCUCUGUUUGGUUCCCUGUAACCUCACUUCUUGCAAUGAGGGAACCACCAGAAGGCCCUCAGAACUGGACCCAUAGCUGUCAACUUUCAGAUUUGAAAAUAAGGGAUCAGCAGCCUCACCUGUCCCAGAGACAGUCUACAGGAUAUCUAAUAAUCCGGGAUAGCAGCGGGAAGCAGCGGGAAACGGCAUUGGAAUAAGGGAAUUUCCCGAAAAAAAAGGGAAGCUAUGGCUGGACCUCAGUAUCCGGGCUGAACGAUGGGGGUGGAGACGUUCCUUCAGGUAUAAAGGACCAAGGCCGUUUAGGACUUUAAAGGUCAGCAUCAACACUUUGAAUUGUGCUCGGAAACGUAUCCAUUGGUUCAGGUCGUCGCCUUGGGAGCAGCAGAAAACAAGCUUGCUCCAUUUCCCAUGUGAGAGCCGUUCAGAUAUUUGAAGGUGGUUCUCAUCACCCCACAGUCUUCUCUUCCCCCAGGCUAAACAUCCUCAGUGCCCUUAAAUGUAAGGCUUGCUCUCCAUCCCCUUUAUCACUUUGAGGAAGAAGCAAAAGGCCACAUCUCACUGUGGCACCAAACACAUUUGCAAGAUGUUUUGCUGUCUGAGGACAGUCGAACACUUAGAGCAGGGGUAGGCAACCUAAGGCCCGGGGGCCGGAUGUGGCCCAAUUGCCUUCUCAAUCCGGCCCAUGGACAGUCCGGGAAUCAGCAUGUUUUUACAUGAGUAGAAUGUGUCCUUUUAUUUAAAAUGCACCUCUGGGUUAUUUGUGGGGCAUAGGAAUUUGCUUAUUUCCCCCCCCCAAAAAAAUAUAGUCCAGUCCACCGCAUGUUCUGAGGGACGAUGGACCGGCCCACAGCUGAAAAAGUUUGCUGACCCCUGACUUAGAGCCACCCAUUCUACAUAGCGUCGUGAAUCCUACCGUACUUCAGUACAAGCAAUGGGGCACUGGGCUGCACCCUAGGGAGACCAGCAGGUUAGAGGACAAGGUACAGCUACCUUCUCCAACAAAAGGGUCUGGUCAGAGAGCUCAGGAGGAAGAGCCACCCAGCCUAUGGUGCCUGAGGCAGUUGGGUCACUCUGCCUAAUGGUAGGAACUGCCCUCUGCAUUUUUGCAUGUAGUAAGUCCUCAGCUGCAUCCCUGGCAGAACCAGGGAUUUAUUUUUGUUGAUUGCUUAUUCACACGUCAGUUUUUCCUCCAAGGAGCUCAAGGUGGCACACGUGGUUCUCUCCCUCCCAGUCUGUUUCCACCCCCAUCGUUCAGCCCGGACACUGAGGUCCAGCGCCGAGGGCCUUCUGGUGGUGGCACCCGCCCUGCAAAAAGCCAUGGCAGAGGGCCUUCUUGGUGGUGGCACCCACCCUCCCACCAGAUGUCAAAGAGAAUAACAACUACCAGACUUUUAGAAGACAUCUGAAGGGAAGUUUUUAAUGUAUGACAUUUUAAUGUAUUUUUAAUCUUUGUUCGAAGCCGCCCAGAGUGGCUGGGGAAACCCAACCAGAUGGGCGGGGUACAAAUAAAUUAUUAUUAUUAUUAUUAUUAUUAUUAUUAUUAUUAUCCCUCCUUAUUUAACCCCCACAACCACCCUGCCAGGUAGGUUAGGCUGAGAGGCGUGACAGGCCAAAGGUCACCCUGUGAGCUUCAUAGCCAAGAGGAGAUUCGAACUCUGGUCUCCCAGGUGCUAGUCCAUAACUCUAUCCACUAUCCCAUGCUGACUCUUCAAAGGAUGAUGGAGGAGGUGGCCCUGGAGAGAUGCUUCCAGGCAGAAUGUGACUCUAGUCAGCUGAGCAGCCCCAAGCUGGCAGAAGUCACGUUCUUAUGAUGUCGGAGCAGCUUAUUUUAUUUAUAGCUGCACAACCAAGUCUGCUCCGUUAAAAAUUAAUCGCAAUAAUAGCAAUUAACAAUUCAUUACCAUGAGCAACAGAGAUGAUGGAACGACACUUUGCAUCUUUCACACACCCCGUGGCUUCCUACAUGGCAAAACUCCCGCAAUGUGGAAAGGGCUUUCAUGCAGGAAUUGCUCUGAAAUCUGCACUCAGACCGUCACCCUGAACAAGCAGGAACUUUGCUGCUUCGUCGUGUGUGGAAAACGUGCAGCUUCUUAAAGCAUCUUUAUGUAGAUAGAGCUGAAUAGCAGGCAGGUACAGAUCUACUUGCAGAUUUCAUGUGACUCGAUCGGCGUCUGCAUAGGAAAGUAUGAAGAAGAGUUUGGAUUUGAUAUCCCGCUUUAUCACUACCCUAAGGAGUCUCAAAGCGGCUAACAUUCUCCUUUCCCUUCCUCCCCCACAACAAACACUCUGUGAUGUGAGUGAGGCUGAGAGACUUCAGAGAAGUGUGACUAGCCCAAGGUCACCAGCAGCUGCAUGUGGAGGAGCGGGGAAGCGAAUCCGAUUCACCAGAUUACGAGUCCACCUCUCUUAACCACUACACCACACUGGCAAGUUUUAGACGUUCUGAUCAUAAGAAUAUAAGCCAAGCCUUGUUGGAACAUGGGACAAGAAUGGCUUAUGGUCCGGUAACUGGCUGAGGAUCAGGAGGAAGAGAAUUUGGGCAUCUCCAGAUUACAGGACCUCUCCCCCCCUUUUUUUUUUUGCUGCGGGAGUGGGGGAAUAUAUUCUGCAAUAUGUCAUGGAUGCAAUAAUAAAAAUGCAGUAGUGGUGGAUUAAUACUGACUCAUCCACACUUCAUUCCACUUUAUUAGUUGCCUUGUGAUGCUCCCCCAAGAUUAUUGCGCUAUUGCCUCCUGGAAGGGGCUCUUUUGCACUGUAGCGCAACAAAAAAAGCUGGGACAUUUGUGGUGGUAGAAAAGGUUAUGGGUUUUCAGCAGCAAGUUAAGAGAAAUGCGCUGAUUGGAAACAAAGCAGUACGACGACCACUCUGAAAUGUUUGCAGUCGCAAACGGUAUUGAAAAUGAUGUUGCGUAUAACCACCCUUGGGUUACAGGACCUCCAGGUUUGACUCUCUGGGUGGGUGAGAAUGUAUUUAAUUGAAGAGGAGGAGCUGGCUGCAAAUUAUAGGAUAGGCAUUCUGGGGUCUGCCCUCCUUUGCUUCCCUCUCCCAAUUAACCUCCAUCUCCAGAGGUCUCCUCCCAUAAUAUCGCCAGGCUUCAGGUUAGGGCCCUGAAAUCUCAGGGUCUGGGCUGCUCCAGACCUGGCAAGCCUAAACCACCCUGAUAUCAUGAGCACAAAUAAUCAUGAAUGCAUGAUAAAUGGGCACCCAGAGGGACCGUAGGAAUAAAUGGACAGUACUCACAGCUCUGCUGGAUCAGGCUAAAGGCCCACACAGUCCAUCAUCCUGGACCAGGGCAGAUACCUAUGGGAAACCCAUGGGGAGCACCUGAGUGCAACCGUGGUGUAAGAAGUGGGGUCCCUCAAGGGGCCUGAACUGGAACUGGUAGUUGUUAACUUGCUCAUGAAUGACCCCAGAGUCAGGGGUUAGCUGUGAGGUGGCCAGGCUUGCUGAUGACCCCCAAAUUGUUCAAGGUGGUAAGAAGACAAAAGGGACUGCAAGGGGCUCCGAAAGGAUCUCUCCCAAGUGGGUGAAAGGGCAUUAAAAGGGCAAAAGUGGUUCAAUUGGGAAGAAAGUGUUCCCAUCAGGACAAACACCCCUAACAUCUCAAAUAGGCACUGAUUGGGUCUGAGCUGGCAGUGACUGACCAGGAAAGGAACCUUGGGGUCUGGGUGGACAGCUCAGGGAAAACCUCGACCCGGUGUAUUACAGCUGUGGAAAAGGUGAAUUCCAAAAUCCUGGAGCGUUAGAAAAAGUUCAGAAAAGGACAAGCGAGGUUGUUCUUGUGACGAUGACACUACGGGCCCGACGGACCAAGAGGAAGACUGACAGGCCGGCCCCUCCCUUCCUUCCCCCGUACCGGCGCCAUGAAGUGGAUGUUCAAGGAGGACCACACACUGGAGCACCGCUGCAUGGAGUCCGCCAAGAUCCGGGCCAAGUACCCUGACCGCGUCCUGGUGAUUGUUGAAAAGGUCUCGGGCUCUCAGAUUGUGGACACUGACAAGCGGAAGUACCUGGUUCCAUCUGACAUAACUGUGGCUCAGUUUAGGUGGAUCAUCCGGAAGAGGAUUCAACUGCCGUCUGAGAAGGCAAUAUUCCUUUUUGUAGACAAGACUGUCCGCAAUCCAGCCUGACAGUGGGGCAGCUUUACGAGAAGGAGAAGGACGGUGGCCGAUAGUGGAGAAAACACCUUUGGCAUCUGAUUGCAUCUCCUUCCCUCUUGGGUCUUGUAAAUAGCCUCUUGUUUGUGAUCAUGACCCCCGGGGCACAUCCUGCAUCUGUCACUGGGUUGAUUUAAUAUAUGGAUAGAUUUUGUUAGCCUGGUAAUUUGUUGUUUAGUCGUGUCCGCCUCUUCCUGACCCCCUGGACCAGAGCACGCCAGGGCCUCCUGUCUUCCACUGCCUCCCGCAGUUGGGUCAAACUCAUGUUUGUAGCUUUGAGAACACUGUCCAACCAUCUCGUCCUCUGUCGUCCCCUUCUCCUUGUGCCCUCCAUCUUUCCCAACAUCAGGGUCUUUUCCAGGGAGUCUUCUCUUCUCAUGAGGUGGCCAAAGUCUUGGAGCCUCAGCUUCAGGACCCGUCCUUCCAGUGAGCACUCAGGGCUGAUUUCCUUCACAAUGGAGAGGUUUGAUCUUCUUGCAGUCCAUGGGACUCUCAAGAGUCUCCUCCAGCACCAGAAUUCAAAAGCAUCAAUUCUUCGGCGAUCAGCCUUCUUUAUCGUCCAGCUUUCACUUCCAUACAUCACUACUGGGAAAACCAUAGCUUUAACUAUACGGACCUUUGUUGGCAAGGUGAUGUCUCUGCUUGUUAAGAUGCUGUCUAGGUUUGUCAUUGCUUUUAUCCCAAGUAGCAGGCGUCCUUUAAUUUCGUGACUGCUGUCACCAUCUGCAGUGAUCAUGGAGCCCAAGAAAGUAAAACCUCUCACUGCCUCCAUUUCUUCUCCUUCUAUUUGCCAGGAGGUGAUGGGACCAGUGGCCAUGAUCUUCGUUUUUUUGAUGUUGAGCUUCAGACCAUAUUUUGCGCUCUCCUCUUUCACCCUCAUUAAAAGGUUCUUUACUUCCUCCUUACUUUCUGCCAUCAAGGCUGUGUCAUUAUUUAAAUACUGAAGCAAGGUAGUUGAGGGAUUAAAGUGAGGGGGAUUUUGAAAUGAAGCUUUACUAAUUAUUACAGUUUCAUAGUAAGGACGCUUCUGGAUUGUUCCAAACAGUCUCAAGAUGCUAAUAUGUUGAUUUUGGCUAGUGUCUUCCCCUUGAUGAAUUUUGUUAGAGGAAACUGAUUAAAAUUCCUCUCACAAAAGAAAAAGAAAAGGACAAGCGAAAUGACCAAGGAGUGACUCUCCUAUGGACAGAUAAGCCUACCCCAACCUUUGACCUGGAAGCCCAGUUUCCCAGAACCUGCCUUUGUCUGUCUGUAUCUCUGUGGUGGGGAACUGCAGAGAGGGCUAGCUGUCCUUGAACUCGGAUCCCAGCCCAAGGUGCAACGCCUGCGCCCCCUCCCCACCGGAUCCGGGGCUCAAGCAAACACUUCCUUUGAACGCCUCUGCUCACACAAACCGGCCUUUUCACAUGCCGAUCAAAGCAGGCUUGGGAGCCUCGCAAUUACGGCCGCCGCUGUUUGGGGUUGCAGUUCCAGCUUUUGUUUCUCCCGAAGCCAGGAGAAAAUGCACUAGGGCUGCCUCUCCCUCUGUCUGUGUGUGUGUGUGUUAUUUGUGCGAUGGGGGUCAUUUCAGAGUGCCCCCAGCUCAAUCUCCUCCCCCCUCCCACGAUGGCUGAUGUGGUUUUAUUCCUCCACCCAGGCCCAGUUAAUUGAGGGGAUGGGGAAAGUAGGGUGAAAGGGGGGAGAUUCAGAGCUGGGCUGCUGAUGGAAAUAAUUAUACGCCCAGCCUUUCUCUCCAGUUCCCCCGGAAGCCUAAUUAAGUCUUCUCACUCUGACAAGACCCUUUCUAAAAAAUAAAAUAAAUGUCUCCGGAUCCUGCUUUUGUCAUUGCGACGACAACAAAAAAGGAGAAACGCUAGACUGGAGCUGGCAGCCUCUGCCUCGGUCUGCCUUAAGACAAUGAGCUGCAGGUGGUUUCCCGCCUCCCCCAGGUGAUGCUCAGAACACCAAAUGUGUUUUCCUUUCUUCGGGCGAGAGGCGAUGGGCGGCGUGAGGCCACCAAAUGUGUUGAGAGAGAGCCAAGGAGGCAGGAACAGAAGCCGUCGCCAGCAGCGUAGAAGCCAAACCGCCCAGUUCAUGCUGGGAAGAACAGAAGAGGAGAGCCCGCUGGAUCAGGCCAUUGGGGGCGCAUCAAGUCCAGCAUCCUGUUCUCACAGUGGCCCACCACCAAACGCUUGUGGGGAACCCGCCAAAGCACGCUCUCCUCCUGUGGUCUCCUGCAACAGCCAAGGGCAGGCAAGAAUGUCUGAAUUCCCAGGCUUGAUUCUCAAGAGGGAGUCGCCAGGUUGGUGGCCCGGAGUCAGAAAUAAAGGCCCUCGGAUUAGCUGCCAGGUGAAAUGGUGUGAUUCCUUGCAUGUGAAGUCUACUCAAGGGGGAAGAGGUUCUCCAUAGAUUGGUCAGAUGCCCUUUAAUCCAGGAAAUUAAGUUUGAAAGUUGCUGUUGAAUUCAGGUCAUGUUUGCAGGCUUCCGGUAGGUACCGUGGUACCUCGGGUUAAGUACUUAAUUCAUUCCGGAGGUCCGUUCUUAAGCUGAAACUGUUCUUAACCUGAAGCACCACUUUAGCUAAUGGGAUCUCCUGUUGCUGCCGCACCACCGGAGCACGAUUUCUGUUCUCAUCCUGAAGCAAAGUUCUUAACCCGAGGUAAUAUUUCUGGGUUAGGGGAGUCUGUAACCUGAAACGUAUGUAACCUGAAGCGUAUGUAACCUGAGGUACCACUGUAUUUGGUUGGCCGCUGUGAUAACAGGAUGUUGGUCCAUAUGGGCAAUUGGCCUAAUCCAGCAGGCCUCUUCAUAUGGGCUUUGGUUCAUCCUGACUGCGCCACUCACCAACCUCCCCACCACUCCUCUCUCCCAUGUAUCUAACCCCCUAGGAAGUGGUUCUCAACCUGUGGGUCCCCAGAUGUUGUUGGACUACAACUCCCAUCGCUAGGGAUGAUGGGAGUUGUAGUCCAACAACAUCUGGGGACCCACAGGUUGAGAAUCACUACAAGCUUCCCCUUCUCACCCCACACAAGGGCUAAACUGACUUUUCCUCUUCCCAAUCCCCAUUCUACAUGCAAAUCCGGGGUUGUGACGUGGUGUUACAGGCCCACCAAUAGGGACUGUGCUCUCACUUCAUGCAAAUGUAGGAUUGCGACGCAGCACUGCAAAUCCUCCCAUGGGGGCUGCGUGAUGACCGCCUUACGUUUUUAUGUAUAUAGGAAGAAACGUACCAGUCUCAUCAAGGAAUCUCAUUGAGGAAGGGCCAUAAUUCAGUGUGAAAUUCAGAAGCUCCCAGGUUCAGUCAUGGGAAUGGAAAAAGCUGCCUUGUACUCAUUCAGACCAUUGGUCCAUCAGGAUCGUCCACAGUGACUGGCAGCAGCUCUUCAGGUUUUCUCCUAGCCCUACCUGGGUUUGAACCCAGGAGAUCCUUCCUUCAGGGCAGAGGCUCUGAUACUGAGCCAUGGCUCUUCCUAUCUUCAGUUGGGGCUGGGAAUGUCCCCUGCCUGAAACCUGAGAGGGCCUGUGCAUAGAGGAAAGUGUUUUCUCCCUCUUUAAUAACAUCUGAACCCACAGACACCCUAUGAAGCUGAAUGUUGGAAGAGUGGUACUGAUGAAAGGAAGUCUGUUUGGUGUUCAGCAUCAUGCCCUGAUUUCCUCCUGCUCUUUCAGGCCAGUUGGCACUUGACAGGAAUCUCUACUUAGCCACUCUUCUGCUGUCCAAGUGGCGGGCUUCCCCUCGGGGUGUGUUUGUGUGGCCCAGUCCAUUUGAAACACAGGUCGAGUCUUUGGAGCCUCUUCGUUGGCUCCUGCCUCUCUCCUCUUCCGCCAUCACUCGCCCUUUCUGGAGUCUCUUACAAUCCUCUUUAGACCUCGUUGACUCACUCCGAUUAGUGUCGCCCAAGCCCUAUUUAUAGCAUCGCAAAUCCCACAAGCAACGGUGAUUUUGCCAUGGACUUGUCGGGCUGCUGGCUGCUCUGUAUCCAGCAAGGCCUGGUACAUGGAACGCAAACCCCCAGUUUCAUGGAGAUUUACUUAAUCGUUGAACUCUUUUCUUUUUUCUUUUUUCCAUUAUUUAUAAAUUUUAUUGGUAAUUUUAUUUACAACAUAACAUAAACCCCCCAAUACAGAAAUCAACCCUCAAUAAACGUGAACAUAACAUACAAUGAGCACAACAUACAACAAUACAAACAACCAAAUAAAAAACCUCCUUUAUCCUGUACCUGGCCUCCUUAUUUACUUCUUAUAAGCUGUUUCCUUUAUGAGUAAUUAUUAAGAUUUUUCUAAUUAUAACUUAAAUAUCCACAAAGUCUCCUGCAGACAGGAGGGGCAAGGAUCCUAACUGCUAAAAACUGGGGAAAAGAAACUGUGCUAAAAACUGGGAAAAAGACAAACUGAUAGAGUAUAUUGAACUGGCUAGAUUAACAGAGGCAAUUAGAGAUCACACUAGACAAGAGUUUCAAAAAGCAUGGGGAAAAUGCAGAGAAUACUUCGCAAAACAGUGCCCUAAAAUACAUACCUGGACUUGUUUCAAUUAAUCGUUGAACUUUAUACGCUGCUUGAUUGCAAAAACAACCGCCGCCACCACUUCAAAGCGGUUUGCAAAAAGGAUAAAACAAUAAAAUUAUAAAUAGGAAAAAAUGGAAGCAUAAAUUAAGACAUCUGAAAAGUUAAAAUAACAAUAGACUAAGGCGGCCGUGGAGGUGGUGCAUGGCGGUGGCAAGGAGUGGAGGCCAGGCACCCACGGGUACCCACAGCAAACAUUUCGUGGGGGCCUGGGUCUCCAGGGCCCCCUGGAGAUGGCACCAGUGGCUGCAUCUUCCCUAACAGACCUCCCCCACCUAUAUUAAAGGUAAAGGGACCCCUGACCAUUAGGUCCAGUCGCAGACGACUCUGGGGUUGCAGCGCUCAUCUCGCUUUAUUGGCCGAGGGAGCCGGCGUACAGCUUGCGGGUCAUGAGGCCAGCAUGACUAAGCUGCUUCUGGAGAACCAGAGCAGCGCACAGAAACGCCGUUUACCUUCCCGCCAGAGUGGUACCUAUUUAUCUAGUUGCACUUUGACGUGCUUUCGAACUGCUAGGUGGGCAGGAGCAGGGACCGAGCAACUGGAGCUCACCCCGUCGCGGGGAUUUGAACCGCCGACCUUCUGAUUGGCAAGCUCUAGGCUCUGUGGUUUAACCACAGCAGCGGCAGCAGGAGACCCCAUUAGCUAAAGUGGUGCUUCAGGUUAAGAACAGUUUCAGGUUACGAACGGACCUCCGGAACGAAUUAAGUACUUAACCUGAGGUACCACUGUAUUGGUUAAUUUUUCUAGUAGGGAUAGUGUUGACCGGAUUCAACAUGACUCUCUCUCUCUCUCUCUCUCUCCCUUCCCAGGUCAAGGUCUGGUUCCAGAACCGCCGCACCAAGCAGAAGAAGGACCAGAGCAGGGACUCAGAGAAGCACGCCACUUCCACCUCGGAGUCCUUUGCCACCUGCAACAUCCUGAGACUCCUGGAGCAGGGGAGGCUCCUGUCGGUUCCCGGGGGGCCCCCCAGCCUGCUCUCCCCUGCCCCCAACCCCGUCGGCAACCCCUCCGGAAACGGGUCCUCGAUGGGCGCGUCAGGGAACACUUCGCCAGGCCUGGGUGGUGGGGGCAGCCCUCCGGGGACGGGGGCCUUCAGCUUGCAGGUCCCCUCGCUGGCCGCCCCCUCGGCGUCCCCUCGGCUGCCGGCGGCCCCUCUUUGCUUUGGCGGCCCUUUGCUGGGGACCCUCCACGAGCUCCCCAGCGGAUACGCACUGGGCACCUCCGCCUUUGAGCCUUACACGCGGCUGGAGAGGAAAGACAGUGGUGCGCUAGCCAGCAAGAAGCCGAGCCCUUAA